AGAGGGUUUCCGGGUCCGGGGAGCAGCCAGCAGGAAGGAGCGGAUCCCAUGUGAGGUAACGGCAGCUUAACGGAGAGCUAGAGCGGGGCCAUGGGAUACACUGUGUUAUGGUGGGAGAAAGGAGAGACUGGGAGCUCCACCACCAGCCAUAUCUCCAAUACUACCACCAUGGAGCUUUAACUACCGUCAGCCUCACAGAGCACCAUUGGCAUCUACCCUAACCUGCCCCCCUGGGCAUCUGCCCUAACCUGCCCCCCUGGGCAUCUGCCCUAACCUGCCCCCCUGGGCAUCUACCCUAACCUGCCCCCAUGGGCAUCUACCCUAACCUGCCCCCAUGGGCACCUGCCCCCCUGGGCAUCUACCCUAACCUGCCCCCCUGGGCAUCUACCCUAACCUGCCCCCAUGGGCAUCUGCCCUAACCUGCCCCCCUGGGCAUCUACCCUAACCUGCCCCCCUGGGCAUCUGCCCUAACCUGCCCCCCUGGGCAUCUACCUAACCUGCCCCCCCCGGCACCUGCCCCCCUGGGCAUCUACCCUAACCUGCCCCCCUGGGCAUCUACCCUAACCUGCCCCCAUGGGCAUCUACCCUAACCUGCCCCCAUGGGCAUCUGCCCUAACCUGCCCCCAUGGGCAUCUGCCCUAACCUGCCCCCAUGGGCAUCUGCCCUAACCUGCCCCCAUGGGCAUCUGCCCUAACCUGCCCCCCUGGGCAUCUACCCUAACCUGCCCCCCUGGGCAUCUACCCUAACCUGCCCCCCUGGGCAUCUGCCCUAACCUGCCCCCCUGGGCAUCUACCCUAACCUGCCCCCAUGGGCAUCUGCCCUAACCUGCCCCCCUGGGCAUCUGCCCUAACCUGCCCCCCUGGGCAUCUGCCCCCAUGGGCAUCUACCCUAACCUGCCCCCAUGGGCAUCUGCCCACCUGCCCCCUGGGCAUCUGCCCUAACCUGGCCCCCCUGGGCAUCUGCCCUAACCUGCCCCCCUGGGCAUCUGCCCUAACCUGCCCCCUGGGCAUCUGCCCUAACUCCAGCCCCCCUGGGCAUCUGCCCUGGGCAUCUGCCCCACCUGCCCCCCUGGGCAUCUGCCCUAACCUGCCCCCCCUGGGCAUCUGCCCUCCGUUCCCCCCUGGGCAUCUGCCCCUGGGCAUCUGCCCUAACCUGCCCCCCUGGGCAUCUGCCCCCCUGGGCAUCUGCCCUAACCUGCCCCCAUGGGCAUCUGCCCCCACGGGCAUCUGCCCUAACCUGCCCCCACGGGCAUCUGCCCUAACCUGCCCCCACGGGCAUCUGCCCUAACCUGCCCCCACGGGCAUCUGCCCUAACCUGCCCCCACGGGCUUGCGCCCUUACCCCAUGGGCAUCGACCCGUAUGCACCCCAUGUACCUGCACCCACCCCAUAGACAUCUACCCGUGACUCAGAGCAUCAACUCAUGAUCCCCCAACUUUCCCUGUUAUGGGAGCUAUUUGGCUGACAAAGUGCAUUUCUAGGAGAGAUAAUGGAGUUGUAUAGAUAUCCUUUACACAGGCCUCAAAUUUGUUAGUUAUCAGCCAGGACUAUAAGUUACCACCAAAAAACAUGCGUAUGUCCACAUGCUGAGAGAUUCUCCAUUGAAUGUAUGCCAGGGAGUUAGUAAACACUCAUCCAUAACAGUUACACCCAUCCUAAUCACCAACACAGCUCUAGCAGAUACCUGCAGCCACACAUACUGCUGCUAUCCCUUGUUGAUAACCGUAAAGCACAGCAUGCUGUUUGUAGUUGUACUUUUACCCAGCGAGCAGAACGUUUUCAACUACAGAAAAGCCAGGCAUAGAGUAGUGCCGCAAAUACCCCUAGAUCCUCCUUCUAUUCCAUCAUCACAAUUGCCAUGUGUCAAUAAUUUAACUAUUAAUAGGUUUAUUUGUAGUGUAAUGCAUACACAGCUACUUAUAAGGUAAUUGCAGUGGAAAUAUUGAAAGGACACUAUAGUCACCAAAACAACUUUGGCUUAAAGGACCACUCUAGGCACCCAGACCACUUCAGCUUAAUGAAGUGGUCUGGGUGCCAGGUCCAGCUAGGCUUAACCCAUUCUUUUAUAAACAUAGCAGUUUCAGAGAAACUGCUAUGUUUAUGAAUGGGUUAAGCCUUCCCCCAAAGCCUCUAGUGGCUGUCUCAUUGACAGCCACUAGAGGCGCUUGCGUGCUUCUCACUGUGAUUUUUACAGUGAGAGCACGCCAGCGUCCAUAGGAAAGCAUUGUAAAUGCUUUCCUAUGCGACCGGCUGAAUGAGCUCUUGCCGUGCGUGCGCAUUCAACCGAUGGGGAGGAACGGAGAGGAGGAGGAGAGCUACCCGCCCAGCGCUGGAAAAAGGUAAGUUUUAACCCAUUUCCCCAUCCAGAGCCAGGUGGGAGGGGGUCCCCGAGGGUGGGGGCACCCUCAGGGCACUAUAGUGCCAGGAAAACAAGUAUGUUUUCCUGGCACUAUAGUGGUCCUUUAAAGCAGUCUCACUGUUCAGUUCUCUGCAACUUAGCAUUUCAAUCACUUGUUUAUGUUUGUGCAACGCAAACCACACCUCUAUGGGCUGUGGCUCACAUAGUCUGCCUGGAAAAAAAUGGUUUCUUUUUCAAUACACUCUUCAUUUGUGUGUGUGUGUGUAUGUAUAUAUGUAUAUGUGUGUGUGUGUGUGUAUAUAUAUAUAUAUAUGUGUGUAUGUAUAAAAACUAUUGGGUUAUACUAGGGAUCAACCAAUUAUCAGUCUGGCCGAUAUUUGGUAUUUUCUGCAAUAUCGGUAUCGGCCAAUUGAGAUACUGAUUUUUCCGAUAAUACAUACCAGGACUGCUGGGGGGGUGGGGGGUUAGCAAGCGUUUACUUACCUUCCCGGCCGCUCCCUUCAGCUCCCCUGGAUUUACACGGGAGCUGAAGGGAGCAGCCGGGAAGGUAAGUAAGCGCUUGCUGUGGGCCCCCUCUGCACAGUCCAUGCCACCGGACCACCAGGGAAUGGCAUAUCCCCUCUCCCUGGCCAAGUAAGAAGCAGGUAAGGGGGGGGACUAUAAAAAAUAAUAGUAAUUAAAUAUUUUUUAAAAAAUGCCCCCUCCCCUCAAAUUACAUACCUACAGAAACACACACACACUCACUGCAUUAUAUAAACACACUACACAAACACACUGUGUAUGUAAUGCAGUGUGUUUGUGUAGUGUGUUGAUAUAAUGCACACUACACAAACACACUGCAUUCACUAUAUACACACUGCAUUCACUAUAUACACACUACGCAAACACACUGCAUUCACUAUACACACACUACACAAACACACUGCAUUAUAUAAACACACUACACAAACACACACACUGCAUUCAUUAUAUACUCACACUACACAAACACACUGGGUACAUUUAGAAAUAGUUUAUUUUUUAAAAAUGGUAAAUGUACAGAAAAUCGGUAAGGUAUCGGCUCUAAAAAAAAAAUCAAGAUCGGUCGAUCCCUAGAUUAUACACAAAAUCGUUGGCCAUAGUAGCUUCUGACCAGAUAUUGGUGUAUAUAUUCCACAAAUCCACUAUAACAGUUUCAAGGCUGAAAGUCAUUGAAAUGUAUUUCUGACCCCCCAAAAUAAGUGUUUCAAUGAAUUCCCACAAGGGUUAAUGUAUUGGGACCCCCAAACACUGCUUUUAUCAUGUGACUGAGUUGUGUGCGAUUCUUGAGGAAAGAUAAUGUGGACCUUCCUAUGCAUAUAAUGAUCAAAAUUGUUCUUUGAAGAAGAGAGAAUAUGCCAUAUAUACAGUUUGUGGGGGAAAGUAGAUUUUGAGGGGGAAUUUAGCCGAGAGGUGUCCUUUUGGGGUAGAAGGGUGAAUGGGUGGAGAGUAGUCAUGACAAUCUUUUGGUACAACAUACUGUAGACUGUUUUUUCCCACAAUGUUUAGACCGUAUGUUAUGGGUUACAUUUAUGCAAUUAUUUAAUGUAAUCCAACUGUAAUUUUCAGGCAAUUAGACAAGAAGCAGCAUAAAUGGUUUAGCAUUUUUACCAUAUAAUGCUAAUGCAUAUGCCAAACUUUACAUUUCUUUAUAAAAUAUGGUAAAACAGCAUGGAUAGUAUCAAAAUCACUUUUAUUCCAAGGUGUAUCCUUCACUGUAGUUGUGAAAUAAACUGCCAUCAUGUCAGGGUUUGCUUACUGUUGAAAAUAAUUGAACUGGGUUUAGAAAGGAAAGGAGAGAGUUACUCACUGGAGGAUGUAGAAUGCAUUAUGGGGAGCUGAUUUUUAUAAGCAAAGAAGGAACAGUGUGAAAAAUAGUUGUGUGUGUAUGGUGACAAGAUAAAGGGAAUAUUAGAGGAAAAAAAGGACAUAUUUGUAUUGACAAGCUGAUAUGGAUUUUUCUUCUUUGCUUCCCAUAAUGAGUGAUGUAGUCGACGAUGACAUUGAUGUCUCAGAAUAUACCUUCCUGUCCUAGAGAAAAGUAGUAGGUCUUUUAAAGAAUAAAUAAAGGAGAAGGGAUGUAAAAUUGAUGGAGGUGAGGGACUGAAAUAUGCCAAUGUUUUGGAAGCUGAAAGUAAUGUUAAUUACUGCUGGAUGAAUGUUUUCUGUCUUGUCAUUCUUCCUCUAGGUUCCCAGACCCAAGACAAGAUGAGUACCCUAAUGGAGCGGCUUCAUACUAAGCACAGCCAGAGCCGUCCCUGGUCUGAGACCAUUAAGAUAGUUCGGCAAACCACGGUGAGAACCUGCACUACUAUGGGAUGGGUAGGGUGCAGACAAAAACAAAUCUGGUCAAAGGAAAAUAGUUCUAGUAUGAGGAAGCUAUAUGUCGACUAUGAUCUUAUUCCCUCUCUAAUUUUCAUAUAAAUACAUACAAGGUUUUUUUAAUAAAAGUGAAAAUUGACGGGAAUUCAAGGUGAAUUUCAAAUACAAGGCCAACGUAGACGACCAUGAGCCCUUGCAGACUUAGAGAAUGCUUUUUCCAGUUUGGCUAUUUUGUUCUUAAAUGUGACAUUUAUUUUGAAUUCAUUAUGAAUUCCUGACAGCUCUCACUUUCGUAAAUAACACUGUAUUUAUUCUUUGCCAUUAUUUUUUUAAAUAUUUUUUUUUUGUGUCAAUCAUAUUUAUUGAAAAUAUUUUCGAUGAAUUCCGUAAGCAUACGGCAAGUAAAACAGUACAAAAAAAAAAUACAAGACAUGUAUGAACAUCAAAACAAUUGCAAUUAUUUCCCGCCUUUGAUAAUCCGGAAUGUGCCCCCGUGCGGUCCUAAGCCUUCGGUAGUGGUCAUGUGGAAAGUCGGUCAGUCUACGGUCAAUACAGUGGAUGUCAUCCAACCCCGUGUCUGCGUGAGCACCAUACGGUGCGCAUCUUGCGCUUAAUUGUUGUUUUUUUUUAAAUAUUUUUUUUGUACAGAGUUCAAACAGUAAAAAAAGCAAAGUUCUGUCUUGUGCUAUCUUAGGAACUUUUCAUGUGCUGAAUAUAUAUAUCAGAUAAGAUUAGCAUGACUGUAACCAUAAAGCAAAAGUAAUGUAGAAAGCUACCUUAUAGAACAUCUACAACCUGAGUGGCUGUUCAAGUUCUACAGGGUUAAUUACUAACUUGAGAAUUCAGUGAAUUUCAAACUUUAGGUCAAAAUAGCUGAAGUAGAAGCUUAGCUGACUUAGAGAAUGUUUUAUAUUUUAACCUCCAGUUCGAAAUUUGAAUUCUUACUUUAACGAAUAACCCUGUAAGACUUGAGUAUUUCUUUAAGAAACAGCGCUGUUUAUGGUCUUAAUCAGAUGGUUACAAGGAGCUUCUGGUUAAAAUAGAUUUGAGAAUUGAAUCUACUCUAGGUCCAGCAUUCGCAUACAGAGUACCGGUAUUCUGAUGCUGGACUUUGGGUAUGUAUCCAGUGCUUGUGUAAGAAGCAUUGGAUUGGUGGAUCUUGGUGACUGAAUGCUUUUCUUCCACUUGAAUCCAGGAGGAAAACAAAAUAAAAACAAUAGCAGAAAUAACUUGAACUUCAUUGAUGAUUCCAAAACGCUACAUGGAGACGCUGAACUUUCCCCAUAGAGAUGCACUGAGUCACUGCAUCUCUAUAAUGAGAUGCCGAUUGGCACAGAUCGGCAUUUUGCUGCACGUGCCAUUAUGGGAACGUCCAUUUUGAUGAUCUCAGCUAAGGGGACAGAGCCAGCACCGGCUGACCUGUGCAUUGCUGAAACAGAGAACUUUUCAUUCUUUUUUUAAGUGGGUAUGUUUGUAUUCCUGACAUAUAGUGUUCCUUUAACAUAUAUAGAUUCUAGGGCUCAGGAUACAAAUAAACUAAAUAAAUCACAUCUUCAAUGUGUUAUCAAACUACUUUAAAUAAUAAAUGGCUCAUCGCACAUUUCGGUGUUUCCAUACAACAUCUGGGAACCGGCAGUUCAUCAGUCUCCAAGAUUUCAGCAAAGAGAAUCUGGCUGCAGUGAACCACCUGUCUAUGUGCUGGAUGUUAAUUUAGGGGAAUUUACAAACCUGUUUUGUUAUAAAGAAUCACAUUGGAUUGACUUUUUUAUUUAUUUAUUUUUAUUGCACUUUCAUGGAGGAAAAAAUGAGACAUUUGAAUGAGCAUUGUUAAUAGAGCAUUGUUAAUAUUUUACACCAUUCACUCUUCCCAUGUCUUCAGAAAUUGUGGUGGUGUCAUCCGUUUGUGGUGUUCUUUUUUUCCUUCCCUCUCUUCCUUCUAUUUUAGAUCAGAUUGUGAGUUGCUUUAUCAGUUUUUUUUAUUUUUAUUAUUUUUUUUUCUGCUAUUCUAAAGAUGUACCCUUCAGAUAGGGAGUCAUAUGGUGCUCAGCAGUACUAUCAUUGAUUCUUUACAUCUCUCUAAUCCUCUUAGGAGAAACGACCUGGGAUGGUUGGUGGAGGAAACCAACAGAUUGUAAACUGCUUAGAGACCCUCCAAAAGGCUAUAAAAGGUAAGAUUAGAAACUUUUUUUGUUUUUGUUUUUUUUGUAUUGGUAAAACAGCAGACCAAUAUGGAAACCUUGAGUAGUUUGGAGAAAUGUUUGAGAGGAAACUGUAAAUGUUGUAAUGGCAAAGGUAUUGAAUAAGUAAGAUAAUAUUGUAAAGAAUGUGGCUUCAGGGGUGUUUGGGGACCGCAGCCAAGUAGAAUGAAGGGUUGUAUACUGUGUGCAGCUUUUACAGCAGAUAAUUGGAACCUACAUUUGUGUAAUUAAAUUUGCAGAUUUACAAUGUGUACAGUUACAUUGACUUUGCUCAUUGAAAGUCAAAAAGAGGGAUUGACAUGAUAUAAAAGUAGAACUGAUGGUAACAGGCAAUUGCAAUCCUUGCAAAGAUAGCUUUAAGCAAUACACAAACCCAGUUUUUGCAUAAAAAUGGGUAAAUAUAGAAAAUAAAUGUAAACCUAAAGCACAAUUUAUGAGGAAUAAAGAGAUGUAUAUCAAAAAACAAGAGAGCGCAUAAAACUCAAUUAAAAAUGAUAAAAUAUAAAAAAGCAGCUAUACACACAAGAAACUCCCUUAAAAUUUCACGUCCAACAAUAUUUAAUAAAGGUGUCAGCACUCUAGUGGGGAAAAAAAACCUUAACUACCCAAUCCGGGUAAUCCACAUAUAAUCUCUGAAAUAGAAACAAUGGUAUAUGCACCUAAAAAUCAGCAGCAUAUAUAUCACAGCAUGUACUAUUUCAAAAUAAAUUAAAUACUGUAAUGUCCUAGAGUCCUUGGGUAGUUAGUAGGGGGGUGAUGUUGCCACACAGCUUGCAUCCACAGGCUCAGAGUGCACUGUUUGCAACAAUUUUCACAGUACCUUAAAAAAGAUGCAAAGAGAUCCACAUAGUGUAACACUCCAUUUAUUGGCAGAUUUAAAAAACCCUCUCCUCCAAAAGGAACCCUUACAUUAAUGUGUUGUGGUACUCGUUUCCAAGAAACCACAAAAUGAGCAUUGGUGUACAGUAGUUAAAUGAGACUUUACCGCCCGGUCCUCCUGUCAUGCAAGUUCUGGCUGAGUAUUCUAGCCGAAGAACGAUGAACUGGAUCAGUUUUGCAUCCAUGGAUUGUGUGUACGUCACUGCCCCCCUACUAACUACCCAAGGACUCUUGGACAUUACAGUAUUUAAUUUAUUUUGAAAUAGUACAUGCUGUGAUAUAUUUGCUGAUUUACUUGAAGUAAUUUAUUUUACUAAUUUUAUAGAUUUUUUUCCUAUCUAAUUGUGAAGCCAUGAGUAGAUUAAAGCCUGCACAUCCAGUCUUGGUGAGUGGAAAUCUGGAGCCUUGCUCUAAUUUCUGUCAACCCACUACAAGACCCCCAAUUAGCAUUGUUUGUGACAUACAUGACUGUGCAGUGGAGACCAGUUCUUUGUUUUUAGUUCAAACUUCUCCAAAAAAUGGAGAGGCAUUAUAAGGUAUAAACAUAACUAUUUAGAUCAGGGGUGCCCAAAAGGUAGAUCCUAAGAUGUUGUAGAACUACAACUCACAUAAUUGUGCAAGCUGUAGUUUUAAAACCUCUGGUGUUCUAUAUUUGGUUCACCCCUGAUUUAGAUUAUGCUUUUCCCACCUUAAUCCCUGCAUAAUAUGGAAAACACUUCAUUCUCCUUGAUUCCAUAAAAACCUACAUGUCUGAUAAUAGUGAUUAACGAACAGUAAAACAUGUAAAUUUAAAGUGUCAGUGGUUAUUGUGGCAGGAGUGCCUUGCACCUUCCAGAGCAAGUAGUCAAACCGUUUAACAACUGUUUUGACAAUUUACCAGGAAUGUGCUUUGCAUUCAUUGCUGCAAGCUCCUGCUCUGGGCUAAGGUUGGCUGUGCAGAGCCACAAUCAUUGACUGAGGGCGCUUAGGUGACUCUCUCAACCAAUGGACAGGCUUUGCACAUUAGGUCUUAGCAAAGUUGAGCUAAGCACGGCCAUGAAGAGCUGCACUUAUUGGCUGAGAGUACUUAGAUGGCACUCUCAACCAAUGAGCUGGCCUUGCACUGCAGGGUUUAGCUCAGUGGAGUUAAUGGAAGCUACAGUUAUGUAAUUUGUAGUACACAGGAAAUUUAAAGUACAGUUAUUUAAAGGGACACUCCAUUGCCCAAUAAAAAAUAAAUGAAAAUCACUCUUGCACGCAUUUUUUCAUUUGGGUAUAGCUAUAAACAGUUUGCGAAAACUGCGGAUAUCUUGCCUGCUGUCUUUGCAAACCCUCCUUUUCUUUUUAUAAUUCUUUAUUUUUGUUGCGCAUUUGUUUAACAUAGUCGCUUGAGAUGCCACAACAGCUGUCUCAGGCUUCAAACAGAAAACAUGAAUAAACAUUUGGCAUUGAAAUACUUUGCACAAUUUUAAAUUAGGAAAGUAAGUUCCCACGUUACAUCCUUCUAAUUAGAAUUAUCGCUAGAUCGCCAUAGUCUCCUGUUUGGAGGAAGAAAGUGUAUGGAUAUAGUGUAAUCUGUACAUCCAGUAUGUGUGUAGGGUUCUGAGUAGCUAUUCCUCCUCCCAUGUUAGUGAUUUGAAAUAUGUACUAUGGCGAUAAAUAAUUUUGCCCCACUCCUUGUUAGUGUGGCUCAGUUUGGGGGUCCCAGGUUCUGGCUCGCUUGGUUUGGGUGUACUUAAUGUCAACCCUGGGUCUUCCCAUGUGUUUAAGUGGUAUUCGUGCGGUAUCAAGUGGUUAGUGGCCCCUAACCAGGGAGGCCGCGGGGGGGCGGAAUAUACCAGCGGCCUAUAGUUGGCCCUAAUCUAAGAGUGUUUUGCCGUGUAGUGUGCUACUCGUCGUGGCUAUAGCGGUGUGCCGUAUUUUGCCAUUACGUGGAUUAUAUAAUCCUGGGAAACAUAGUGUGCCUUACAGUGGUGCCUAGGUGCCAAGCCUUAAACAAUUGAGAAAAAUCAAGUCGAAAACCAGUGAAAGUCAAAUUAUAGCGAAACAAUAAUUAUAGCGGUAGAGGCUUCGUAGUUGAAGCGCGUUUAUGGGUUGAGAGACAGUCAGUGGUGUCAGGUGGUUGCCUCAGGGGCUCCUCUUCCCCUCGGUAGAAAAGGGACAGUCCUGUUGGGGUCCCACAUAUGGGAGCUGGCGGGUACUUCUGUGUGGUCAGAUCCUUGUGGUAGUCCCAGUGCCCUAAUGAAAGAGUCCACCUCCUGAGUGGAGUUGAGGUGUAGAGUGGUGCCGUUGUGGUCCACCGAUAGUGUUUUUGGUGCAGUCCAGCGGUAUACUAACUUGGCGUCUUGGAGGCGGCGGGUCAUAGGGCGCAGGGUUCUUCUCCAUUGGAGUGUGGAUCGUGUCAGGUCCUGAUAGAAGGUAAGACUCGCGGUUUCAAAGUCCAAUGGUGUUUUGCCUUUUAGGGCAGCGAAGAUGGCAUUUCUGUCUGUUUGGGUAUGGCACCGUACGAUCACAUCUUUGGUUGCUUAGGGGGGUGCCUGUGGCGAUUUCCGGAUGCGAAAUAUCCCUGCUAUAUUUAAUUUUUUGGCCUGUGCGUGUGGCAUUAUGGUGGCGGCCAGACGUCUAAAGUAGUGUGGUAGUUCCGCCUGACUUAUUUCUUCAGGGAUACCCCUGAUUUUCACAUUGCUCUUACGGCUUCUCUUUUCUGCUGCAUCCAGCUUGUUGAUCAGGGUUGUGUGUGAUGCUUUUAGGCUUCUCAUUUCGUUUUGAACAUCUAUGAUGUCUUCUUCAGUGGUCUUCACUCGGUCUGUGACCGCCUGCACCUCCGUUUUCAUUAAAGCCAUGUCUGCUGCGGAAAUUUGUUUCAGCUCCAUGAGGAGGUUUUUAAUGUCUAAUUUUGUGGCAGGUGUCAGUGCAUCAGGGUCAGUUUGGGCUGAGUGAUGUUCUAGGGUGUCCCCCAGGGCAAGUUCCGAGCACGUGGAGCCUGUGUCUGGGUCGGGUGUGGCCGCCAUUUUCGGUGCCGCUGUGCGCUGGAGCAUGGUGCUAAUGUCUUGGGUAUCUUUGCACGCACCUGUAGCUAUCCGCUAGGAUUUUCGUCCCAUGUUUAUCGAGUCGGUGUCUGUGUGCUCCGUGGGCGGUAUGGCAGUGGAGAAGACCGCGUUGUGGAGCGCCGUCUCAAAGGCCCUGUAGUCUGGAUAGGCCUUGGAUGUGCGGCGUACUUUCCGUCCCGUCUGGCGGUAUAAAAAGGGCAUCGAUCAGGUGAGUGCUUUGCCCCUCUGUCCUGGCCGUCGGUUGAUAGGAUUAUAAGGGCUGUGAGAGGUUUGUUUGUCGGUAAUUAGCCGCGUUUUUGCCGGAGCUCGCUACACAUGCGACCGCUCCGUUUUGUGGUUAAGCUCCGCCCCGCAAACCCUCCUUUUCUAACCCUGUUCACAAUCUUUCUGUGUCUGUCCAAUGACAGACUUCCCAAUGCAUCUCAAUGAGACGUCUGUACAAGGCAGGUGCUCUGGGCUUGAGUUCAGUGCAAAUAAGCUAACCAAAACAAGAAAUCAGGACCUUUUUUGAUUUCUAGAAAAGCCUGGGGGUGUAACCUGAAUAAUUUACAAAAGCGCUUUAGGGGUCUGGAGUGUCCCUUUAAUGCAUAUUUCUUUCUUUCAGUCACAUCCCUUUCAGCCAUGACAGAUCGGCUGGAGUCCAUAGCAAGACAGAAUGGGUAAGUGUUUGGAGCGAAUGCUGCAAGUGCUCUGUAUAUUGAAUAGGCUGUCAUAGCUAGUUAAUAGAUGCACAUACUACAUGUUUGCUUUUUUGUGUGUUCUUUAUAUUGUGAAAUUUAUGGUGUUUCUACUUUCUUUUUCUUCUGCCCAGCCUGGCAUCGCAUCUGAGUCCCAACGGCACAGAGUUUUAUAUUACUUCUGACUUGUUCUACUUAGAGGUCCAUCUAGAUCCAGAAGGGCAGUUAUGUGAUGUCACUGUGGCCCAUCAGGGAGAAAAUCCUAUGGUAUGUCGUUAGAAUAAUACUCAUGGUUCCAAAUAGAUAAGACAUAACUCUGAUCAGUGUAGUAAUAACAUUGCUAUAACUUAUACAUACUGUAACAAUGUACUUAUACUGCGUAUUAAGUUCUGUGUUUUAUUAAUCGGUUCACUGACUCAGUUAGGUUCUCAAGUAAGAUAAUACACAUUCUAUUUCUGUGCAGAUUUCAUCACAUUAUGUUUAAAUCUGUCAUCCUAAUGAAAGGGUCAACCGAACCUUGCCAGUUCAAGCCAUGUUUUAAAAAAAAAACCAAAAAACAAAAUUUACAUGCUGUUUGAAAAAUGAAGUUGAAAUGGAUACUUCAUGCCGGUAUUAAAGGCAACUUCGGACAGCUUAAUGUAGUUGUUCUGGUGAGUAUAGUAUGUCCCUGCAGACCUUUUCAUGUAAUCACUGCCUUUUCAGGAACAUCUCCAAUUGCAGUCACUCAGACGGCCACUAAAGGUGCUUCCUGGGUCAGCGUUUCCUUGUUCUUUGUGAAAACUCUGAACGUUCCCUGUAGAGAUGCAUUGAUUCAAUGCAUCUCUAUGAGUAGAUGCUCAUUGACCAGCGCUGCAUUUGGCUCCACACCGCCUGCUUGGCUGAGAUCACUAGAGUUGACUAUCUCAGCCAAUCCAAUGCUUUCCUAUUAGAAAACAUCGGAUGAACGGAGACUGUCAUUUCAGGUUAUCUCCGCUAAGGGGGUGAAUCGGAGGUGGGGCCAGCGCUGGCAAACCUGCGUGGCCCUGAAAUAAAGGUGAGUUUUUAUCCUAUUUAAAUAUGUAAGGGAGGGCCGUCCACACAACACACAUAAUCAUAUGCCACCUCUGAAUUUGAGAAAACCGGGUCUACAGACGCCCCCUAGUUCCCUAUUCCAUCCCAUUGGAAUUUAGUGUGCACAGCACCUUUGAUAUCACAAUAAAUUCCUAUUAAAAAGCCAAAUGCCCUAUCACAUGCAAUUCUAAACUGAAAUAAAUCUAUGAAUUGCACUCAAUUGCUUAGUUUUGGCUUCAUUGUAUAUGGCAUAGUCUCCUGCCCCCUUUUCUUUGUAUCAUGGACAGUUUGUAAUACAUCUGUUAUAGUGAUGGAGUGUUUCUUUAAGCUUCACAGUGUUUCCUUAGAAAAUGUAUUUUUACAUUCCCUUUAUGUGGAGAAAAUUGGUUAAAACAUAUUUUUAGUUCAUGUACCUGCAGUUUUUUUUUGUUUUAGUUUUUUUUGGUUUUUAAAUAAUGAUUUCAGUCAAAUCCCAAGAGGAGCAAAUUGCUUCCUGGCUGGAGUGGAAGACUCGAGUAUGUUUAUUCGUGACUUUACCUUGCUGGAUCUUCCAGUUGCUGACUGACCUUUUGCAAAAUCUUUUGUCUACAGUUAUUACCAAUCUCUCUCUUUUUAUUUAUUUAUUUAUUUAUUUAAAAAAAAAACAAUUUCCAUAACACAAGAAUAGAGGACUGAAAAUUCACUGCUUGCUUUUCUUUCUCUGCAGAGCUGCCCAGAACUGGUCCAGCAGUUAAGGUAAUCCCAUUGGCAACGUUUCUGUAACCAAAAACCUCUUGUAUUAAUGGAUCUGUCUUUCUUAACCAAGUUUGUUGACCGCAUGCACUUGCGUAGAAUUAAUCUAAAUGUUCCAAAUGUUAAAGUACUGUUUGAGUUAAAAGGGUCAUCAUUGGCCAAGUGCAGGCAUGUCAGCAUACAGUCCCGCAUCUUAACCACUGUAGCAGCAACCCAGAUUGAGUGCUUUAAGUGAGUAUAAAAUGUCUUACAUGUUGAUUAAUAUUUGUUUGGUGCUUAAACUGUCUGUUACUAAUUAAUUGUUGAAAAAACUCAUUAUUGUGUAUCUUUUUAAUCCAGGCAAGUAUAGGCUAAAAAGAUAAACAAAAACAUGAGAUGACUGCACGCAUUUGAUAGUCACAAGGAAGUUCCAUGAAAAGUAGUAAAAAGCAGACCAAUCUAUAUACAUGCCGUAAAAACAGACCUACAUUAUUAUUAUUAUUAUUGGCAUUUAUAUAGCGCCAACAGAUUCUGUAGCGCUUUACAAUAUUAUAAGAGGGGUGUGGGGAGGGGCUGAAUAAAACAUUACAGAAACAGUAGGUUGAAGAGGACCCUGCUCAAAUGAGCUUACAGUCUACAUAAUGGAUGUGUUUUGUAGCAGAUGCUUCCUCAGCAGCUCCUCCAUAAGCAUCAGUGGUAGAUGCGAAACACGUCCAGCUUUCCUACGUUUUUUUUUUUUUUCCCAUAUAUUUUUUUCAGUAUGUAGACCUGUUUUCACUCUCUCAUCCCUAUAUGAAUUGGUCUGCUUUUUACUGCCAUGUAUAAAUAUAUUGGUCAAUAAAAAUGCAUGUCUUGUUUCUGUCUGACAUUAGUUAGAAUUACACUUCAGGGCCUUACUUCUGUAAAAAAAACCUCAAUACAGGGAACAAAUUGCAUGGAUGAUGCCACCAUCUAUGAUCUACCGGAUUCUAAAACAAUUGGAAUAAUGGGCAGAGUUUAUGUACUAUUGCAUUUUUCUUUGCUCAUUUUACCUAUUACCAAUUUUAAUUUCUAUUUCAGCUAUGAGAACGCAGAGUCAGUGUGGCUGAAAUGGCAGAUUGUUAAUGGAUCAAGUCUUGGCAAAUGUUGUACUAUGUCUCAUCACCUUUCUUUCUCUUUUAUUUUGCAGAGAGAAGAACUUUGACGAUUUCUCACAACAUUUAAAGGGUCUUGUCAACCUGUACAAGGUGCAAGGAGAUGAUAUGUGAGUGCUUCUGGCAACAAACCUUUCAUGUAUACCAACACAAUGUAAUCCUUUGAGAAAUCUUAAACUAGUCAUUUAAACACGGUGUGUUUGGUACGGUGAACUAAUUGAUUGAACCAAAAUAUUAUAUAUAUAAUUACCACCUUAUCACUAAUAUUUCAGCAAUAUUUUAGAAUUGUCCAAGUUAUCAAAAUAAUCCUUUUCUCUUCACAGCAAACUGAAAACGAAAGUUUACCUGGCCCUUCAGUCAUUGGAAUUGGACCUCACAAAGAUGGCUGCCAUGUACUGGUUAGUAGAUGCAGAUACAGUUCAUCUUUGAGCUUUUAUUAGGAUAUCCAGUGAAUUUCAGUAACAUCUGCUACAGCAGUGAUAAUCAAUGGAAGUAAGCACAGGAGACCGCGAACAGUUUGAAAAAGAUAAUAGUUAUCCUAAACUUGUCUUUUAUAGGCAGGCCACAAAUGCAAGCGUGCUGGACAAAAUUCUGCAGGGCACAGUUGGGUACUUGACCCCAAGAAGUGGAGGUAAUAUCUCAGCACUUGGAUUGAACAGGUAGUUAGGGUUACCAACAUGUAAAAUUAUGCAUAACAUCAUGACACUAACCUAUUUCUCUACUGUUUUAAAGGUCAUGUCAUGAAUUUGAAGUACUAUAUCUCACCCUAUGAUUUGUUAGAUGAAAUCACAGGAUCAUCCAUAGCACUGAGUGAAGGACAUGGUGAGCCAAGACACCAAGUUGCUUUUAAACCACUUUAUGAUUUAUGUAAUUCAGAGAGUUAGAAGUUCACAAGCUGGGCCAAAAAUGCAAAGUGGCACCAGGAAGAAUGAUCGAUGUGGUACAGGGUAUACAUAUUAUACUGAGUCCAUAGGGCAUUGGCUCUGUCCCUUCAUGAAAGACAGCAGUAUAAGGAGUUGUCAGCUGAUGUAUAUCUCCAACACCAGUAAGUCAUGUUCACUAUACCCUUUCUUUACAAUGCCUAUCUUGGAAGACAAAAGGAGAGUACUGGAGAUGAAGUGAGUGCCGCCUUCUGCAGAAGAGACCAUACCAGAAUUCUCUGACCCCAUGAUGCAGGCGCUUAUUUACACCACUUAUGUGUAGAAACUGAACGUAUAUGAUGCAUAGUUUUAAGCUUUUACCACAGUCUAAUGUUUUAUGUACUUUCUUUAUUUUAUCAGUUCCUCGUUCUCUUGGUAUGAAUGUAUCUGUCACAAUUGAGGCCACUUCUGCUACGUACAAGCUCCCUAUUGCUCCUCUGAUUAUGGGCUCCCACCCAAUUGACAGCAACGGGUAAGAGAACUGACAUUAAUUUAUAAUUAAGCAAGCAUGGACGUUUAAUAGAGUCAGGGGCUGAACCCGUUUGUAACUCUUAAGAGUAUUUAGAGAGUAUUUUGUGACGUGAGUUUACAAAAGCUACAAAGUAAACAUUUUAAUCAACCUUGAGAUCGAGAGGAAAUGAAUGCACAUCUAUGUGAAUCUGAGGUUAAUAUAACGAGAAAAAAAUAAUUCUUCUACAUCUACAGUACUCCUUCUUUCUCCGCAAUUACAAAUGCCAACACAGUGGACUUCCCUGCUUGCUUCUUCCUCAAGUUUCCACAGCCGAUCCCUGUAUCCAGGGCCUUUAUUCAGAAAAUCCAGAAUUGCACAGGUGAGUCUGUUUACACAAAUCAAGCCUUUAUGUUAACUGGUAUAAGCACCAGUCCAGAAGCGACAGAGUUUUUCUUCUGAGAAAUAUCUGCUUACCAAACCUGCAGGAGUGUUUAUUAUCCCUCAAACUCUUUCUUAUUUAAGUAAGAACUAUUUGUGCACGUUAUUCCAGGAAAUGACAGUCUACCUCUUGUUCUUGUCAGGAAUCCAGCUGUUUGAAAGUCCACCCAACUACCUACCUCACUAUGAGCUGCUCACACAGUUUGAAUUUUCUAAAGAAAAGGAGCCCGAACCUUUCAACCACAACAUGCGUUUCUAUGCAGUAUGUAUCCUCCAUUUUGUAUUCAAAGUAAUCGGGAGUUGUAUGCCAUCAACAUGCGGGGGAAGGAGGGGGGCAUUUUGGCAACAGAACAGCUUGUUUGCAUUUUACAGCUUUGGGCCUCAAAAUGUUGUUUGUUUUUUUAUUUAUAAUUUGCAACAAAACCACUGCAUGUUCUACUGAAUUCUGCUUUUUAAGCCUGCCCCUUAAAACUCUCUUGUUCAGUGUACUGAGCCAGCUAGCUAGAUAUAUUACAUGUCUGUCUGUGUGCCCUAUCCACACCAGUUAUAUCCUUCCAAGAAGGAUUGCUCAAAGCAUCAUACAUCACUGUAGUGGUUAUGAUGCUAGGAAUUCCCUGGCCCCAUUUCCUGGUAAUGCAACAAUACUUUCCUCUUACCAAGGUCCCGCUGAGCAUUGCACCUCCUAGCAUGCCUGGUGACACACAUCUGGCUUCUGCAGAGCUGAAUGCUGAUCCUGAAUGUCAUGCAGACGCGGAGAGCAUCAGCUGAGCGCUCUCAACCAAUGGAUGACCCUGUGUGCAAAAAUAUGCCCAGAACUGACAUUAAUGAUGCUGGUGAACUGACCCUGAUGUCAGCUAUUCCACUGAUAAGCUUCACAUACACACUCAAAGCACCUUGUACUCUUCAAAUCCCUGAAGUGGUCUUGGUGCUUUGGGUCGUCCUUUAAGAAGACUCUGCUAUCAGCACUAUUUAAACCAGUCCUCAAUUUGUAGAUCAUUUUUAAAGAUGAUGACAGCACUUUAAAUACUGGUCAAAAUUAAGGUAAAAAGGAUCAAUUUUGGUUGUUAGGAUUCUUAUUUUUCUGCUGUUGUGGAGGGUUUGGGGAAUCAGGGAUGCACACACUGACAGUGAGCCUGCACACUAACAUCAUGAAGUGAUUAUUUUUAGAAAGAGUUCUACUGAUUUCACUGGGCUCUCGUGUCCCAGCUUUUUUUGGUUUACUCAGUGAUUUUAAAAUAGAGAGGAGAUGGGGAAAUCAGUUGGAGUAGCAAAGUGCUAUACAUGGCUUGCCUGUAGCAACACUUUCAGGGGUAUUUACAGAAGUGAGAAUUGUUGGGAAUUCAGAGUGAAUUACAAAUUCAAGGGCAAAAUAGCCAAACUUGAAAAAUUCCGCUAUGAUUCCAAUUCUACUAUUUUGGCCUCAAAUUAAUGACAAUUCUCAUUUUAGCGACUAGCCAUGUUCUUUUGAGUUAGGCUGCACAUUGCCGUCGGCACUGCUGGAAAAAAAAAAAAAAAAAAAAUCUCAACAUUAGUCUAUAGAAAUCAGUGCUGUGGAUGGCCAAUACAAAAUCGAUUGCUUUUGUUUUUUUUUGUUUUUUUCAAAUAAAGCCUGUGUUAAACAAAAUAUACCUCGUAACUGGUAGUCUCAGUCAUUGUCAAAUGUCAGGUAAUUAUAAGCAUUCUUCUAAGACCAAGAUAAAAUCCUACUUUACCUGGGUUAUAGGUGUGACCUCGGAAAUUGGAGGUUUUCCUGUAAUCUUGUCAUGUACAAACGCUUUCUGCCCCUGCGCUUUGUUAAACAACCCUUCUGUCACUUACCUGGGUCCAGUGCUGAUAUCGGCGCUGGCUCGGGUCCGCCUUCAAUCCUCCCUAAUGCACAUGUGCGGCAAUGGCCACACUCGCAUUAGGAUUUCAUUAUAGGACAGCAUUUCCUAUUCAAUGCUUUCCUACGGGGAUUCCAGUGACGCUGGGCAUCCUCAUGCAUAACGUGAGGACAUCCAGUGUCAUGUAGGCGACCAAAAGUCGCCUAAUGACCCAGAAGUCUCUCUAGUGGCUGAUAGACAGCCACUAGAGGAGGAGUUACCCCAGCAGGUAAUUAUUGCAGUUUAUUAAAAAUUGCAAUAAUGACAUGGUAAGGGUGAUGGGACACUGCACCCAGACCACUUCAAUGAGCUGAAGUGAUCUGGGUGCUUAUAGUGUCCCUUUAAGUUCCAGUGAGGAAUCCCUGUAGUGUUCCGCAAGACAAACACUUUUUCUUUUCUUUUUAAGCAUCAUCCAUAUAUUUUAUAUGCUCCUGUCACUUUAUAAUCACUUAUUCUAAGUGUUUUGUUUUUUUUAAAUUUUUAUUUCAAGUCUGACAUAGCAGUUUACCAUCUUAAAUGUAUAUAUCACGGGAGCAACACUGCCAUCUAACAAGACCACGCGUUACUCAUGCUAGAUGGUACUUAUUCAAAGAGGCUAUUGUUGGGAACUGAGCAAGUAAUUAAUUCAAAGUUAAUGUAGACAUUAAUGCAGUUUUGUUUUUCAUUUUUUUUUCUACUCAUUCUCCAAACUUGCUACUUUGGUCUACAUUUUAAAAAUCUCAACAGUUCCUGUUGAUGUGAAUAAACCUCAUAAUCAAAGAUAAUUCGGCAUUGUGGCGAAAUACCAUUGUGACUUGAGGUCUCACAACUGAAGAGUGAUUGACAUCAGGAAAAAAUGUGCAAAACCAGACUUCUGUGCUAUAAUAGAUUGUAAAGGCUGCCCUUCCCUUUCCUAACAUCUGGCUUGUGAUUCAUUAUAAAUAUCGCACAGUAGACUUUUUUUUACCUUUAUGGUUGGCAAACAUGCCAUAAGUGUUGAAAAACUGUAACGUUCAUGACCAGGACUAAGGUUUUUGUAUGGGAGACUUAGCAGUAACCCUCUCUCCAUUAAUUGCCAAAGACUUGUAGAGUGCUUUACUGCAGCAACCGUAUGCUGUAAGGUUUUCUCCCUGAUUUCCACGGAGAAAGAUCUAGCAUGUAAGCUCACUGAGCAGGGCUCUCAAUCCGUCUAUUCCUGUGUGCCAACGUGUCUGGUUACAACUACGUGUCUGUUAGUCCGUUCAUUGUACAGCGCCACGGAAUUUGCUGGCGCGUUAUAAAUAAUAAUAAUAAUAAUAAUUUAAAAAAAAAACUACUUGGAUGUGGAUUAUAGAGUAUUCUCUGCCCUAUUAUCACUGCUGCUCCUCCAGCAAAUGCUCUGUAGGGGGUUGGAUAAAUUAAACUGAUUUUGCAUGGUUGAAUUGCGUGUUUGGAAAGUUAGUUAUUGCAUGUUAUUAACUGUGCAAUCGUCAUACAUGAGUGAGAUCGAGAUGGCAUCUUUCAUCUUGACAUCCUGCUCUAGCUAAACGACAUUGGGGGCUCUGUCUAACCACAGUUAUUUAGCCACCAGUAUCUUUUAAGGGCAAAAAAUGAUGUUUGCUCAUCUUACUGGAAUUAUCUUUUGCAGAACUCUAUUCCUUUGUGCUUACACAGUGUCCAAAUUGCACAACGUAGGAUGAGUGAUGUAUAGUUCUGCAGCUUAUAGUUGAUUAGAUAUAUAUCUAUAUAUAUCUAUAUAUAUAUAUAUAUAUAUAUAUAUAUAUAUAUAUAUUUUUUUUUUUUUUUUUUUAAAUAGCUUUCUGUAGCUACCAGCUGCCAAGCACAUAGUGCUGUGACUUGCCUAGUUGAAGUGCUAUGUGCACCAUGGCGGGUCUGCAGUGACUGCAAGCUCUUAGAAGGCUAUAAAAAUGUCUCUAGUCAUCGUCGUCCCCAUUUUGGGUAAAACGUUAAUGUUCUCAACUGCCAUAGAAAUAUUUGUGGUUUUAUAUCUCCUUUUACUUUUGUUUAAUAUUGAUCAACUUAUUAUUAUUUAAUAGAUCUAUUUUAUAUAGAAGAACCAGUCUGUGUUGUAAUAUGCUAUUAAACAUUUUAAGACUUCCAAUUAUUAAAGUGCUUGCAUUGAUAUAGUCUUAGGAGGCAUGACCCUGUGGAGAUUGCUUUUAUAUUGUUGAAUUGAAAACGUGGCAAAGUGAAAUGGAGGAUGUGCUAAGAAAUGUCUGCUUGAUAUUUGUAUCCGAUUAUCGAUAUGGCAGUAUAUUUAUAUAGUUACGCACAGAUAUUUUGUCUUCAAUGGCGAAUUACUAUAUUAAUUGUGCUGAUCUAACAGCAGGAAGGUGUGUGCUCUCAGCAAGUAACUGCAAGUUGUUCAGUUGUUGUUUGUUCGCUCAGUGGUAAAUUCAUCAUCUUUCAUUAGAGGGGGAUAUUUAUAAUAGUGCACUAAGAAGUGGAUGUUAAUCAUAGUCCAUUCUGCCAGUUUUCGAAGACCGCCAAAUGUUUUGUGACAGAAAAAUACCAUCACUUUUCUGUCAGAAAAAGUGGCUUGAAAAAGUCAUAAUUCCAUUGCUUUAGCGGAAAAACUGCACAUCUUCCAAAACGAUGGAUACGGUGCAAAAUCUACAGAUCAGAAAAUAUGACACUUGUGACAGAAAAGUCAGUGCUGUGUUGACACCACUUUGAUAAAUAUCCUCCAUAAUGUUAUUGUCACGACUCCAGCACCAUGGUGGCACCAACGGACCAGUAUUGAACUGUGUCAUUUUUGCAUAAUUUUGUGAUAAGGACCACUCAAACUGGUCCUCCGUACAUGUUUCCUGAUCCUUGCAUUCUUUUUUUGAUGCCAUGCUGGUUUGUUUCAUCAUAGCAACAUUAGUCGCACAGAAUGGACUUAUUUAAUGGUUAUUUAAAGCCACGCUAGCUAACCGUCUUUGACCUGCUGUCUUAGUUACUCAAAAGUGUGUUUCGUGUUGUGUUGUGCAUUAUCUGGUUCUGACUUUAGCCUUCACAGUCAUCUGUACUUUCUGCUGGGGAGACUUAGCAGCACGGAGACCUAUACACCUGACCAUUAAUAUAGAAUCUGUAUGUUUUUUGAUAUACUGAAACAUCUAGAUCACAUUUUAAUGUUUCUGAAGUGGAAGUUGUCUUUUGCACUUUUUGGUAAUUUCAGUGUUAGACAAAACUUCUGAAAUGUCUGAAAUCUGACUGUAAGGGCAGCUCUCCUAUUUACCAACACCAAUUAAGCCUGACUGAAAAAUUGGUAUCAUUCAGUGGGAGAAGUUUAAAAUCUCUGCUCUUUGAAUCCAAACCCCAUAACAAGUGAAGGAUUCAGAAUAUAUAAAAGCUACUGAAUAGUUUUUGCAAGCGAAUGAUAAUUUGAACUACAAUUUGCCAACUGGCAGCACUAACAAUAAAACCGUGGUACUGCGAGGGUUAAUCAUUUGGUGGCUGACCACAUUGGGAUGGUCCCUGCAAAAUAACAGGGAGAUCUGGUGGGGUUUUAAAUAAAAUAUUGUGCCCACUGCUGGAUUGGGGAUACUUAAAGGACCACUAUAGUGCCAGGAAAACAUACUCUUUUUUUUUUUCCUGGCACUAUAGUGCCCUGAGGGUGCCCCCACCCUCAGGGUCCUCCUCCCGCUGGGCUCUAGGGUGAGGAAGGGGUUAAACUUACCUCUUUCUCCAGCGCCGGGCAGGGAGCUCUCCUCCUCGGCUGAAUGCGCAUCCGCGGCAAGAGCCGCGCGCGUUCAGCCAGUCUCAUAGGAAAGCACUCACAAUGCUUUCCUAUGGACGCUGGCGUCUUCUCACUGUGAAAAUCACAGUGAGAAGCACGCAAGCGCCUCUAGCGGCUGUCAAUGAGACAGCCACUAGAGGCUGGAUUAAUCCUAAUAUAAACAUAGCAGUUUCUCUGAAACUGUUUAUAGAAAAAAAAAGCUUUAACCAUAGCUGGACCUGGCACCCAGACCACUAAAUUAAGCUGAAGUGGUCUGGGUGCCUAUAGUGGUCCUUUAAUAAAGGCGGGUGAGUAACAUAGUGUUAACCUACCAGCCCCUACUGAUAGCUUGGGGUCUGUUAGUAUAAUAACCUUUUCUCAUAUACUCCUGACUGUAAACACUUAUUUGCACCUCAUCUAAAAUGGCUUGUGGGGAUACAAAUAUGGGUUUGCUACCACUACAAACAUAGAUGUUUAGGGAGAGGUGAUCUUCUCCAAUUCUUCUAUUUAUUUGUCUGCUAAAGUAAAGUUGCUAUGUUCUCUGUUUGAAUGGUUAUCCAUUUUAACGCCUGAUUUCCAUAUGUAAAAAUUUAUUCAUUUUUAAAUGGAGAUAUCACUGCUUUUUUGUACUUUAUAAACUACUCCUAUUUAUUUAUUUUUAUUUCCUCUAGUCUCUCCCAGGUCAGCAGCAUUGCUACUUCCUAAAUAAAGAUGCCCCCCUGUGUGACAAAAGGAUCCUGCAGGGAACACUUCUGAGUAAAAUUCCAUUCCAGCACCCAGGCCAUGUUCCCGUAAUUCUUAAUUUAAUCCGUCACCAGGUAGCCUGCAAUACCUUGAUCGGAAGCUGUGUUAAACGUACAGUACUAAGGGAUGGUAGGUAACUCCUCAGUAUAAAUAUGUUUGUAGUGUCCUCUAUUUGCACAGUUAAAAGAACACUCCAAGCACCAUAACCACUUAAGAGGUCUGUGGUUGUUUUGGUGCCAAAGGCCUUAUGCCCUCUCGUUGUGUAUAGUCUAACUCUUUACAAUGGUUUGACUUGUUACCUUGGGCCCACGGGGUACCUUUCCCUGCCUCUACUACUUAAGACAGCUUCUGUUAGCUCCUGUCCUACAAUGCAGGGCUAGCUCGUUGGCUGGGAGGAUCAGUUGAUCUUUUUGAGCCAGUGAAGUAAGCCCUCACUGCUGGAGACAGGAAGCUUUGUUCAGUGGAAUGCAAGUUAGAAGUCAAAACAUUCUAAAAUGAUGUGACGACUUCCAGUGGGUAGGGGGCCAGGGCCCUCUUGUGACCAUAAGCGCUACAGUACGCUACAGUGGUUAUAGUGAUUGGCGUGUUCCUUUACUCUGUAUUUGUCACAUGGAUUUUUUAAUCUAUUGCACAAGUGGGUAAAUGUUAUGACUCCUUCCUGUAUAAAUAUUAGAUCCAAUUUGAAAAUGCUUUAAGGGAACUGUAACUGUUAUGAAAUUGACCAUUGAAAUGUUUGAUGGUGGUGUCAUUUCUUGGCCAGCUCUGCUAGCCAGCUCACAUACAUGGUUCUACGUUGCAACGUUGUCACUGGGGCAUAUAACCAGGCUGUGAACUUUUUUUGUCUGUGGAUGAUACUUAAAUAAUGAGGUAUGGCAAUAAAUUGGGGAGAGUUAUUUAGAGUGUUCGAAAAAGUGGGGCAGUCACCAGUGGAACCAGCAGGCACAUUCCAUUGGUGAAUCCCCUUACAUUUUUGCACCACAUUUUAGAACUAAAUACCUUUUGAUAAUUCUACUCCAAUGUGUUUUACAGAUUUGCAUGAGUAUAUUGUAUAUUAACAGCUCUUUUAUAAAUCAUGCAUUAAAAUCUGCCUAAAUGAAUAACUGAAAACUGCUAGCUUGAUAAAAAUUCACCUUGGUUACACUUUGCCCCCGACACGGAUUCUCCUUUGAUAUCCUUGUCAGUUAGCCAGUCCUGUACUUACUACGGAAGUGGGCAGUGAAAGCACUGUAGAAAUCAGUGGGGGAUGCUUGUGUGGCUUGGUACAUAUGCAGUUGUUUACAUUCCAGUUAAUAGAAGCAACUCAACAAUAGCGGGAAAACAACUAUAUUUUUAUGACAAAAUGAAAGUGAUCUCACAGGGCUUUCAAAGGAAAUAGAAUGUUUUUAGUUGGAAGUUUCAUCAGGAGCAAAUCAUAAUGCAAAAGGAAACAAAGUAUAUCCAAUAAUGUGUAACCAAAAGGUCUCUGUUACUGUCUAUAAUAUUACAUCAGGGUAUCCUCUAAAAAAGGUGCCAUUAAGGGCCCCCCAUUGUACAGCGCUAUGGAAUUUGCUGGCGCUAUAUAAAUAAUAAUAGAAUAAUAAAGAGCACUGAAACGCUCGCCAGGCGCAGUUAGCACUUUCACUGAUGCAUAAAGUCAGCAUUGCGUGAAAGAUUUAUGUGAGCAAUAAACUCUUGUUUCUCCCCUAGACUGCCCUGGGCUCCUGCACUUUGAAGUGUCUCCCCUUUCUGACUCCAGUGUCAGUAUCUCCUUCCAGCAUCCAGUUAAUGAUUCCCUUGUGUGUGGUAAGUAAUUCUUUCAUAGUUUUGCAGUAUUGUAUCGGUGUACUGGUAAUAAAAUUGCAAACGCACCAGUUUUUAUUCACUAAACUUGGGGCUGUGGAGAAUUGAUCAGGAAAUUGCUGAUUAUGGGUCUAAAUAACUGAUUUUUUUAAAACUAUAAUGAAGUGUAUGGGGAGCAGGAGCGCUGGCGAGCAGGGGCACUAUGGUAGAUCGGGUAGAUAGAUGGGGAGUAUGGACUCCUUCUAGCUUACCCCACACUUACCUGUUCAGGCCACAUUUAGCACUGCUGCACACCAAGCCCCAUGCUAAGUUCCGCCUCCAUCGCCCUGUUUGCAUUAUUGGCAAUAUCGGUAUCUAUAUAGGCCGAUGCCGAUAUUGCUGAAAAUUCAGAAUAUUGGCCAGACCGAUAAUCGGUCGAUCCCUAGUAUUAAGUGCGGUUCUGGGGUUCUAGGAGUGAAACAAACAGCAGUAACAUACCAUUAGUUUCCAUGGCGAUUACUCCACUUUUAGUCCUUUGUCCCAGAAAUGCUUUUUACACACACCUGUCUGUUUUUUAAAAUAAAUAAACAAUAUAGCUUAAUGCAUGUUGUAAAUAUUAUGGUAUAACAUUUACAUUUUUACAAAAGUGUUGAUUUUUUUUAAAUUUAUUUCUGGUUCAUUGGUUUUGUUUUACCUGUACAAAUGGAGAGUGGUGAUCACGGUGCUCAUGCCGCUGAUGCCUGAGUAGCCACUGAUGGUCUACCACCCCUAUAAGAAAGCUUGGUGUUUCUCCAUUAUGGUGCUUUGAAGACACUCCCUUCCUUUUUUUAAGGAGAAGAGUGGCACUCUAUUGGUAGCACUGUGUCGAAGUAGUGUUUUGAAGUCCCUUAAGAUGCCGGCUCUUUAAUGUAUGUUGGAGAGUUUGACAUGCAUUAUGUAUGGGUUUGGAGGCUGCGCUGUGAGGUUUUAUGUGUGUGUAUGUGAACUGUGUGGGAUAGCUGUUUUGUGAUUGCAUAUGGUGAUGGUGUGUGUGAUUAUGAGCCACCUCCUGUGUUAUGUAUGCAUGUAUGCUGUGUUCUAGAUGAGACAGACCAUUGCUAUGAUAAUGCACCUCUCCAAGAAGCGUUGGACCGUAGGGGAGGGUUAUUUGUGGUGUCUGCGUCCGCCGUAGGUCAGGCCACAGGCUCUGGGUCAGCUGGGUUGUCCUCUGAUCUUCACAAUGUGCUCAUUUGGGUCCAGCAGCCUCGCUUGCCAUAGGUUGCCGACCCCUGGUAUAAGAGCAUAUCCACAUGAAAAUGAGCAGUAUUGUAUUGAUUUUCCUCCUGGAGGGACAUGUUGAUUUGAUACUUUAGGUUGUUGAAUCACACCUUUCCAUUAAUGUUAAAUCUCCUUUUUUCACUGCCUUGGUUUACUUUACGUUGUUUAGAAUGUGAAUUGGGCCACUUUGUAUGGCUUUUAAUGUGGGCGCCAAUCCCUCACCAGUCAAUAGAUGGAAAGAACUUGCCUGGAGCUUCAGGGAAUUCAAUAAUAUUGAAAAGGAGGGUUAUAAUGAAAUGUUAGGAGCGUAAGGAACAGCAAGCCAAUGUUUAGAUAGGACAUUUUCUGAUAAUAUACGUGCUGCUAUUUACUGAAAUGCUGUCCUUAUCGAGUUUGAAUCUGGAUAUCCCUCUUACUGAAGUUAAAUUGCAUAUCUGUAUUGAUCCGAGAACUCUGUCUGUCCAGUGGGUAUGUUGAGAAUCUUGGUUCUGCGACACCGUGCAAACCGCUCCGUGUUUAAUAGGUUUUAGCGAGUAGCUGGGUCACAGUCCUUUGCCGUAAUGUUUUUUCUAACAUGGUAUCACUAUGAAGACAUCGUAUUAUUAGUAAGAUUACUGUGCAGGUCUUGUAGUUGCUGCACGGUGCAUAAUAAACAGUCAUGGUAAAUGAGCAGGGAAUUCCCUGUUUUCACAGGGUUAUUGUAGGGGAACUGUAGCUUCCCUGGAAAUGAAACCACUGAACUAAACAUUGAAAAUCACCUAGAACUUAUUUUAAGCUUUUUAUUCACGAGAUGAUCCAUUUCGUUAUAAAUUGGUUUGAAAGGAUUUAACAUAUGCCAACAUAAUCUAGUUCACAUAAGGCAAAGCCAGGGCAAACACUGCACAUUGAACAUAAAAAUACAAACCAGGUGUAAAGUGCAGAACUUUUAAUGAAGAUUGACAGGAUGCUGCAGGAUAUAGAGAUGUCGACAUUUAACUUUAUUUUUUACACCUCUCAAAUGCACAUUUGGUAAAGUGGCACUGAAAUUACAACCGAGUCAAAAGAUAUACCGAUACUCCGUAUUUUUGUUUCUCUCUGUAUUUUUCCUGUGCUUGACACUUUUUGACACUGGGCAGAACUACCACUGUCGAGAUGUCAAUUCCCUGGUUGUCACCUGUGAUCGCUGCAGGAAAUUGGCUCGAUCUAUGGAAGAUCCUGAGAUCUCGCGGGAUCCUCCAUAGACCUCAAUGCUGUACUCUCAUGCAUGCGGGAGAGUACAGCAUUGACUCCGGCUCCUGAUUCAGAAGAGGACCCGCCAGAAGAGGAUGGCGGUUCCCUCAAAUGGUUCUGGCCACCGGACCCCAAGCAGCAUUGGAUGGCUGCAACAGAUGCUUCCUGGGGCAGUGCUGCACAGUGUGCAGUAGUUCCAUUAAGUGUCUCCACCCUCUGCAUGGAGACACUGAACUUUCCUCAUAGAGAUGCAAUAAUUCAGUGCAUCUCUAUGAGGAGAUGCUGAUUGGCCAGGGUUGUAUUUGGCUUGUGCACGUUCUGCCCCUGAUCUGCCUUCUUGACAGUCUCUUCCAAUCCUAUGGUAAAACAUUGUGCUUGACUCACAGAAUCACUUCUGAUGUCAGCCAAGCAGGUAGAUCAGAGGCAGCAGCUGCAAACUUGAAUACUAGUAAGAUGUUACUAUAUUUAGGGGGGUAAUAGGGACCAAGGGGAGAUGAAGGGUGGUUUUAACACUAUAGGGUCAGAAAUACAUGUUUGUGUUCCUGACCCUAAAGUGUUCCUUUAAUGGCUAAAAGGGAGAUUCUCUGCUUUUGCUUUACAGCGUGCAAAACAUCAAUGGUUUAUAAUUCUUCAAAUGAGUGUACCCAAUGGGCUAUCUAACUUAAGCUCUCUUUCUAUUGAAGCUUAAAUCACCUCCCACUAAGCUUGGUAAUAUAAAUAGUGUUUAUUGCAAUGUUUGAUUUAUGCCUUAGACUUGUGAGAGAAUAUUUUGGGUUAUACCAGCCAGUGCUAUGUUGUUUUGUUGGUUUAGAGAUCAUCAUAAUCCCCAAUUCUACUGCUUUUCUAAGGGUGGCUCUUGAGAAGUUCCAAUGUUUCUGCAGUGACUGAAGGACUGAUAAAGAAAGGGAUUUAUAAAGCCUAAUAAAUCCUCCAUCAUAAGCAUGAAUGGCUCAACCGGUUUAUAAAUGUGUUUUUUUUGGCACUGCCCUAUAUUGUGCGCUGUGAAUGUUACUCUUUAAUAAAAUGUAAGUCUAUAGUAUUGUAUGGCUGAUUCUCUAUUCAGUUUGCUUACAGAUAUCAAGGAGUAACAAAAUAAAAAAUAUCUUGAGACUUAGGUUUCUGCUGCAGGUUUUCUAGCAGGCUAUUUAAAGCAUUUGACAAGACUAGAGCUGUGCCAAAAUGCCCAUUUCUUCCCACUGGAACUUUUUCUCCCUGACAAUUAAAGGGAACAUAGAUUAGGAAUAUACAAACAUGCUUUCCUGUUGUGAGUGUAUAUAGUUUAUAUUGAUUCCCCCCACCUCCCUCCAGUGCCUAUGCGCAGUAGUUUUUAUACUGCGGCAAUCCACUCCCAACGUUUUGAACCUUCACGCACUACGCAAAGACACUAAAUGUAGGUCCAGAGAUUGCAUGACCCCACCAGAAAGAACCUGUAGUGGCUGUCUGAGUGGAAGCCAAUAGAGAUGGCAGUAUUUACAUUGCUUUCUAUGCCCAUUUCUCAGCAUUGCAGGCACAAUCUAUUUGCACCUGAACCACUACAUUAAGCUGUAGCGGUUCAGGUGCUUAGCCCAUGCUCCAUACAAUCUAUGCAAGCUCCUAUUAACUAAACAUGACAUUCACAUUUUCUAUUUGUAUUUUAUAUUUAUCUGGUGUCUGCCUCUCUCUUCUCUUACAGUGGUGAUGGACGUGCAAGACUCAACCCAUAUGAAUUGUAAGCUGUACAUGGGUUUAUCUGACGCUCUCAUCUGUACAGACGACUUCAUCACCAAAGUUGUCCAGAGGUACGUAACUAUGUUCUGAGAGGUAUUUUGCUUGUGCAGUGGUUGGUAGAGAUUCAUACGAUGGUCGGCAGUAAUGAGCCAGCUAUAUUUAGGAGUGGAUCUGAUAUCUUUUAGAAUGCGGUGAAACUAGACCUAUGAAAGAUUGAUGGAAAGCCUGAUUUAACAUAAAUGCUAAUGGAUUACUCUGAGCUGCAGAAGCAUGAUGCUGAUCCUGUCAUUUAUCAGCUGAGUGCUUUCAGCCAAUGAAUGAAAAUCUCUGCAAAAUAUAUGCACAUAAUUAAAUGGACGCAAUAGUCACCAAAAUAACUUUAGCUUAAUAUAGGUGUUUUGGUGUAUAGAUCAUACCCCUGUAGUUUAAAUGCUCAAAUCUCUGCAAUUUAGGAAGUAAAUCACGUUUAUGCAGCUCUAGUCAAACAUUUCCAUGCACAUGACCUACAUACACAACCUUCCUACACACUUCUUGUAAAGAGAAAUCUAAUGUUUAAAGGAACACUAUAGGCACCCAGACCACAUUAUCUCAUUAAAGUGGUCUGGGUGAAGUGCCCCUGUCCCCUUAACCCUGCAAGUGAAAACAUUGCAGUUUUUCUUCACUGCAAUAUUUAAAUUGCAAGGUUAAGACCGCCUCUAGUGUUGCUUCCUCAAUUCACACAGAAUUUAACUGCAAAAACAUAAACAAAACUGCUUUAACUCUUAAAUGGCAAAGAAUUGAACAGUGAGACUGCAGGGGCAUGAAUCGUACACUAAAACUGAUACACUAAGCUAAAGUUGUUUGGUGCUUUGAACUUCCCUUUAUCAUUAGCUAUCUUAGAAAUCUAAUUUUUUUUUAUUUUAUGAAUGCAUACAGAAUAUCUUUAAAAAAAUACAGGCUUAGAGGUCAGAUCUGGGUAUGACACUUUAACAGCCCAGUUAGGAUUCAAAUUACUAUAGCAAUCAAAAUUCACAUUGCAAGGUCAUUUUUAUUUAUUUUAUUUAUUUAUUUUUGACUCUGCCAAUCUGGUGGUGGAGCGCAUUGGUCUGUACUUCUUGUUGGUGCAGACCAUUUUAAGUGCUCUCUAGCAAUUCCAGCUCUCUGUGAGGGGGUCAGAGUGCAUUCACGAAUUGCCAGACCACAAGGAGCAAUUAAUAUCAUCUGUACCAAGCAGAGAUGUGGACUAUACGCUCCGCCACUAGACUACCAGGAAAGAUAGCCCAAAAACAGCCACCAUACAUUACAUUGCAGGACAUUAUGGUGAGGUUUAUUCUAGUGGAGCUCUGUGAUGCUGUCAUACUAAAUGCACAUAACUCUGUUUUAUAGCUGUGAAGCUCCAUGCUACAGUACUAUGCUCAUUACUGUGAUUUCUAUUGUGGAGAAAAUGAGAUACACACUACAAAAUGCAUCUUUUCCUUGGUAGCCAGACAUCGUUACAACGGCACUGGUUUAAGGAAUAACUAAUAGUGAGAGUUUAGGGAUCACGCUGUACAGAAUCAAUACACUAUUAACACAGCUGCUGAGUCACACUUACACUUGACAUGUAGCACCUGGAAAGAAACAAAACCUAUUGCUACUCUUUAUCAAGUCCAUGUGUUUGUUUAUACACUGCUUGCGACAUAUCGCAAAGGGCCUUGCGUGCUGUUUCUUUAUUAAUCAGCAAGUAGUUACAGAACAGUCUGUUCCAUAUCACCUAUACUUUGUGUGCUACUUUUAUUGUGUCCCAUUUCCAGUCGUACUUCUACUAGCUUGGAAGGCUCCUGUCAAUCACUCAAGGUGUUGCAAAAUUGCAGUUAUUAAUGAUUUGAACUCUGAUCCGUCUUGCUUUGUGUUAUACUGCUUUCCAACACUGUGUACUUUUGCCUGCAAUAAAAGUCAGGUUUGGAGUCUAGACGAGUUGUAUCCUUUGCCACCUUGAUUUUAGAGAGCAGUAGAUUUGAAGGUCAAUCUAAGUACCAUACCAACUUGGCAGUCAACCUCCCUUCUGAAAGGGCCUUACAGCUGAAGUGAUUUGUACAAAUCUAUGCAGCAGUAAGCCUGCCCUUGGCUUGAUCAUUGCGAAGGAUGAGUUUUUAAUUCCUUCUUUAAUUUGUCAAUCUUGCCAGAAACAAAAGCAGGAUGACGCUCGGUAAUGGAGUCUGCAGUUUAAAGGGACACUUUAGUCACCAGAACAACUAUAGCAUAAUGUAGUGGUUCUGGUGAGUAUAAUCAUUGCCUUCAGGCAUUUUCAUGCAAACACUGCGUUUUCAGAGAAAAGGCAGUGUUUACAUUGCCCCUAGGGACACCUCCAAGUGGCCACUCCUCAGAUUGCCACUGGAGGUGCUUUCCGGCUCAGUGCUGCUCAGUAGGCAGCGCUGCCGUUCAGCGUCCCCACACUCUGCAUGGGGACACUGAAUUUUCCUCAUAGAGAUGCAUUGAUUCAAUGCAUCUCUAUGAGAAGCUGCUGAUUGGCCAAAACAGUGUUUGGCCCCGCCCCUUGCUGAUUUUAGCUAAUACAAUGCUUGCUGAUUUUAGCCAAUACAAUGCUUUCCCCGCCCCUUGCUGAUUUUAGCCAAUACAAUGCUUAACACAAUAAAUGGGUUAAUCCAGCCCUCAAAUCCUCUAGUGGCUACCUCAUUGACAGCCGCUAGAGGCGCUUGCGUGAUUCUCACUGUGAAAAUCACAGUGAGAACAAGCAAGCGUCCGUAGGAAAGCAUUGUAAAUGCUUUGCUAUGAGACCGGCUGAAUGCGCGCGCAGCUCUUGCCGCGCGUGCGCAUUCAGCCGAAAGGAGGGAGGAGAGGAGGAUCGGAGGCGGAGAGCUCCCUGCCUGGCACUGGAGAAAAGUAACUUUUAACCCCUUUCCUCUCCCCAGAGCUGGGCGGGAGGGGGACCCUGAGGGUGGGGACACCCUCAGGGCACUAUAGUGCCAGGAAAACGAGUAUGUUUAAUGGUGGAUUUAGCACUAUAGGGUCAGGAAUACAUGGUUGUGUCCCGGACCGCAUAGUGUUCCUUUUAAAUACAGGCAGUCCACAUAUAAAAAAUAAUAUAAUAUAAUAAUAUAUAUCUCGCAGGAAACACCAAUGCACACAGCAUCACCCUCCAAGCUAAAUAAAUUGCUGUAUAUUUAUUUGUUCAUUAAAAACCUACAUAAGCUGGAGAUGAGGGCUGAUUUCAUCUGAGACAAUAUUGCCGCACAUACAACUUGGAAGGCUCUGUCUGUCUGUCUACGGUUACAAGAUCAGACAAGCCUGAAGCUGCAGUCAUCUGUGCAGCUUCAGGAUGUUUUGAAGUUAUUUAUUUAAUAUAAUUCUUAUUAAUGAUCCUUUAUUAAGAACAAUUAGAAUUAUAUGGCUGGAGGAUAUAUUAUUUAUCCUCUAAACAUCUUGUGGAGACCUUACUACACAAAAAGUUAAAUCGGAACCACAAGGUACAGUCCUUUCUUCUGCUAAAUUUUUCUGGCACACAAACAAAUUGUAUUAUUUGUAUCUAGAUCGAAAUUUCAAAUCACACCUCAUUUUAAAGAAACAUUCUAGAUAUUAUAACCACUUCAGUGAGAGGGAAUGGUUAUGCUGCUUGGAGUUCCCUGACACUGCCCUUCCAUUAAGUGUUAAACCAUUUUCAAGUAGAUUGACACUGAAUGAAAGUCUCUGGCCACCCACAGCCCGGCGGCCCCCACUUGAUAGAAACAUAGAAUGUGACGGCAGAUAAGAACCAUUUGGCCCAUCUAGUCUGCCCAAUUUUCUAAAUACUUUCAUUAGUCCCUAGUCUUGUCUUAUAGCUAGGAUAGCCUUAUGCCUAUCCCACGCAUGCUUAAACUCCUUUACUGUGUUAACCUCUACCACUUCAGCUGGAAGGCUAUUCCAUGCAUCCACUACCCUCUCAGUAAAGUAAUACUUCCUGAUAUUAUUUUUAAACCUUUGUCCCUCUAAUUUAAGACUAUGUCCUCUUGUUGUGGUAGUUUUUCUUCUUUUAAAUAUAGUCUCCUCCUUUACUGUGUUGAUUCCCUUUAUAUAUUUAAAUGUUUCUAUCAUAUCCCCCCUGUCUCGUCUUUCCUCCAAGCUAUACAUGUUAAGAUCCUUUAACCUUUCCUGGUAAGUUUUAUCCCGCAAUCCAUGAACCAGUUUAGUAGCCCUUCUCUGAACCCUCUCUAAGGUAUCAAUAUCCUUCUGAAGAUACGGUCUCCAGUACUGUGUACAAUACUCCAAGUGAGGUCUCACCAGUGUUCUGUACAAUGGGAGCACUUCCCGCUUUCUACUGUUCUACAAAUACCUCUCCCUAUACAACCAAGCAUUCUGCUAGCAUUUCCUGCUGCUCUAUUACAUUGUCUGCCUACCUUUAAAGGACCACUAUAGUGCCAGGAAAACAUACUCGUUUUCCUGGCACUAUAGUGCCCUGAGGGUGCCCCCACCCUCAGGGACCCCCUCCCGCCCGGCUCUGGAAGGGGCAAAGGGUUAAAAACUUACCUUUUUCCAGCGCUGGGCGGAGAGCUCUCCUCCUCCGAUCCUCCUCUUCUCCUCCUCCUGGGCUGAAUGCGCACGCGCGGCAAGAGCUGCGCGCGCAUUCAGCCGGUCACAUAGGAAAGCAUUUACAAUGCUUUCCUAUGGACGCUGGCGUGCUCUCACUGUGAAAAUCACAGUGAGAAGCACGCAAGCGCCUCUAGUGGCUGUCAAUGAGACAGCCACUAGAGGAAAUAGGGGAAGGCUUAACCCAUUCAUAAACAUAGCAGUUUCUCUGAAACUGCUAUGUUUAUGAAAAAAUGGGUUAACCCUAGCUGGACCUGGCACCCAGACCACUUCAUUAAGCUGAAGUGGUCUGGGUGCCUAAAGUGGUCCUUUAAGUCAUCAGAAAUAAUCACCCCUAAAUCCCUUUCCUCAUAUGUUGAGGUUAGGACUCUAUCAAAUAUUCUGUACUCUGCCCUUGGGUUUUUACGUCCAAGAUGCAUUAUCUUGCACUUAUCCACAUUAAAUGUCAGUUGCCACAAUUCUGACCAUUUUUCUAGUUUACCUAAAUCAUUUGCCAUUUGGCUUAUCCCUCCUGGAACAUCAACCCUGUUACAUAUCUUAAAUGUCUAAGGCAGAAGUAGCACACUUCCUUCUAGACCAUGGGUCGUCAACCUGGUCCCUACCGCGCACUAGUGGGCGUUUCAAGAUUCCAGGUGGGCGGUAGGGAUUUCCUCAUUUUGAGAGACCAGGCGGGCGCGAGCCGGCGGUACCCCUGUGACCAGGUACCGUUGUCACCAUUUGCGGCCCCGGCCUGCGUGGUAAACCGCCGGGGCCGUCGUCCAAGGAGUCCAUCAAGUGGCCCAUGCUGUCAGGGAUGUGGAUUGUAAGGGGGCCCAGUCAGCGCUAGGCGCUUGAACAGCGCGACCGGGCCCCUUGUGGUUACAAUACAGAGCUGGGAGGAAGUGACUGCACGUCACUCCUCCCAGCUAACACACAGACUGCGCGGGAGGAAGCAUAGUGAAUCAGAGUGGGAACUCUGACUCCCAUCCACCUGAGCCACCACUGUAAGGAAAGGAAAUUUUUCCAUCGAGAAAGAUGCAUUAGUGGGCGGUAGGUAGAAAAAGGUUGACUACCACUGUUCUAGACAUACCAAUUCAUACCAGCAAUUGGCAGCUGUGAGAGGCUGAAAGCGGACAACUGACACUCUCAGCCAAUCUCAAGCGCCUAUUGCUGCUCAGGCCAAUGCGCCUAUUGCUGCUCAGACUCAUUAGCACGAGAAGCACAGAGGGGACAGGUUGCUGAGGACUUUCAUUUAGCAUCAAACCAUUAAAGCUGUUUAACAGUCAACAGAAGGAUGGCUUUAGGGCAGGGGUAGGAAAUCUUUGUUACUCCAGAUGUUGUGGACUACAUCUCCCAUAAUGCUCUUAAAGCCAUAAUUCUUGUAAAACAUCAGGGGAGAUGUAGCUCACAACAUCUAGGAGACUGCACACUAUAACCUUUUAACCCUAGGACGUCUUUACUUUUGUCCUAUGUGUAUGUGUUAUCUAGAUUAUUUUUGUAUUAUAUGAGAUAAGUGUGUGUGAUCUAAAUAGCGAACACUCUCACCACAGCACCAACAUUGCGGAAUGCUUUAGUCAUUGCGAAAUUAAGGUAAUUUUUUGCAGUUAAGCUAGGAAUAACUAUGACUUUUGUUGGAUUGUCUAACAGUUUAUAACAAUGGACUUAAAAAAGACAUCAGGCACUAAUGUUGAGGAGAAUUAAAAUAAGACGUAACCCCAUCUCUAAGAUACACAUUGGCCCAACAACCUCAUAUUUUUUUCCCACAGACAGUUUUGCUUCUAAUUACACAGAGUGGAACUUUACCAACACAAUCUGUCACAUUCGCCCUCUUACCUUGUCAAUUUCCACUACUUUUCUGCAUAAUUUGAUUCCUCAAUUACAGCUAGGCAUGUGGUUCUAGGACUCUGCUCCAUGCUCUUGCAUAUAUACUGCCAUGUGUCUCAUACUACUGUAAAUCUUUUUGUCGUUCCUGUCCAAUUGUAUACAACUAUGCAAACUUUGCUUGACCUUAUGCAGCAUAAACUAUAACUUUGUUGUUGAUAUGCAUGAAGAUAUAGAAAUGGUUAAUUAGCAUAGAUCUUACAAAGUCACCGUGUUAUUUUGUAAAGAAGGUAAUAUCACUUGGUUAAUUCAGUCCAUUUCUAUAAAAGGAACACUCCACAUACUGUAACCACUAUGACCCGCUGUAGUGGUUAUGGUACUAUGAGAAUAGUUUGACAAUUUAUCUGGUGUCCACUGUUCAUCUGCCACACCUCCUGGACAGCUGAAAACUCCUGUAAGCUCCACUGAGCUAAGCCCUAUCAUCACUGUAUUUGAACAAGAAAACAUAGGUUUGAAUCCUGGUCAGGAUACCUACCUCAAAUCCUUAUAAACUGCAAGCUUGUUUUUGCAUGUUAUUCUUCACCUCUACCCUCUUUCUAUGAUCGUAAAGCCUUGCGGAAUGUGUUUGCACUAUAUAAAUGACAAUAAAUGUUAGGGCUGGCUCGUUGCCAGAAAGGGUAGGUUGAGCACUUUUCGCCAGCGAUUGCCAUCUGCACCAGUGGGCUUAACUCAAUGCAGAGAUUUCAGGCAGUAGAAGAGGUGGCAGCAGGCACCUGGUAGAUCUCCGGUAAGUUGUUAGAUCGUUCUCAGAUGGCUUAACUACUUACCCUAGGAGGGUGAAAAGGAACUCCUUGCCCUAUAACCACUUACAGCUGUCUCUUUUUUCACAAAAACAAAACAUAGUUAUUCAUUAUAAAUGCAGACAAAAUGUUUUCUAUGUAUCAAUGUUAGGUUUCUUAAUUACAAUCUAAUGUGAUUUUCUUACUCUAUUAUGUAGGUGUAUGUCCAUUCCCGUGACCAUGAGAGCUAUCCGUAGGAAGGCAGAGACCAUCCAAGCUGACACACCAGCCUUGUCCAUCAUUGCUGAGACUGUGGAAGACAUGGUGAAAAAUAAUCUUCCUCCAGCAAGCAGUCCUGGUUAUGGAAUGACCCCAGGCUCUACUGCUCUGAGUGGCAUCACCACACCAACCAGUUCAUACCCUUCCGGGCCCAUUACUGCCCUCUUCAACAUGGGUAUAAAGGAACGACAUGACUCCACAGGCCAUGGAGAAGAUUUCAGCAAAGUUACACAGAACCCCAUUCUCACAAGCCUUCUCCAAAUCAAAGGGAAUGGAGGUGGGACUCUGGGCUCCAGCCCCACGCCUCCUCAUCAUACACCACCUCCUGUCUCCUCUCCAGCAAGUAACACCAAAAAUCAUCCCAUGCUGAUGAACCUACUGAAAGAUAAUCCACCACAGGACUUUUCUUCCCUGUAUGGAAGUAGCCCUUUAGAGAGACAGAACUCUUCCGGUUCUCCUCGUACAGAGCUGGGUCCUUCUGGGACUGGAAAACCCAAGAAAAAGCGACCAAGAACAGGAACAGAGAAGACUAAGAACCAGACUGAAGAUGACUUUCAGAGGGAACUCUUUUCUAUGGAUGUUGAUUCCCAGAACCCUAUAUUUGAUGUUAGCAUGACUGGUGACGCACUGGACACGCCCCAUAUCACACCUGCACCUAGUCAGUGUGGUACACCACCAACUGUGUAUCAGCAGCCAAUUUCUCAUACACAGUCUGGCAUGCAAAGAAUGGUGAGGCUUCCCAGCACUGAUGCCAUUAUCCCUGAUGUCACAGACAUCCUCACAGAUAUAGCAGAAGAAGCAUCCAAACUGCCAGGGCCUGGAGAGGAUUGCCCCAAUCUUGGCACUCCUGUAAGGGACUCCUCUAGCUCUGGACACUCUCAAAGUACCCUUUUUGACACAGAUGUGUUUCAGGUAGAUGGUGGUGGAGGGGGAGACAAUCCAUAUGCAGAUGCAGCUGAUCUUAUUGCAGAGGCCAAUGGGAGCCCCAACAGUGACUCACCUUACUUUAACAGUGUGGAUUUUAACCCUGACUUACUGAAUAGUCAGAGUGGCUUCACUGAUGACCUAAAUGAAGACAGCAGCCAGAGUGGAGACCAUGAUUUCAAGGACUUUCCAGGGCAAGGAUUAGCUGCCUUAGGUAUAGUAGCAGGACUUCCAGUUGAUGGGGGUGAUGGAAAGUACAAAAUGACAGACACUGUAGACUUCAGCAUUAUUGCAAAUAGUGGGGCCAAAGCACUAAGUGGGGUGGAUAUUAUGGAAACCCACAGUGGGAGCCAGAGUCCACUUUUGGGUGGAGAGCUAGGGAAAGACCGACCACAGAAGCAAAGAGUGAAGGAGAACAGCAAUGGGGGAGCAGGUGGAGUGGUGUUAGGUGGGAUGCAGGGUGCAGGUAUAGAUGUAAAAUCUGGAAAACGUAGCAGAACCCCAUCUAGUGAUGGGAAGAGUAAAGACAAACCACCUAAGCGCAAGAAAACAGAGCCAGAUGGCAAGUCACCUUCUCAUAUAGCUAAUCGUCCUUUUACCCCUCCAACCAGUAGUGGGGGUUCAAAAUCUCCUGGGACCUCAGGGAGAUCUCAGACUCCUCCUGGCAUGGCUACUCCUCCUAUCCCCAAGAUCACUAUUCAGAUUCCUAAGGGGACUAUGAGUGUGGGAAAGCCAUCAUCCCACGGCCAGUAUUCCAGCAGUGGAUCAGGGAGCUCUUCAAGCAGCAAAAGUCAUCAUGGCCACUCAUCAUCAUCAUCUACUUCUGGUAAAAUCAAAAACAAAUCUGAUGGGUCCUCUGGUAUGAAAAUGGGGGGUUCAGGAGGUGGCAUAUACUCUGGCCAGAGUGGAGCUGGUGGCAGCCAGGCCAAAAGUGGUUCUCAGUCCAUGGGAAAGCAAGGAUCUUCCCCCAUCACCAAACAUGGGUUAGGCAGUGGAAGCAACAGCUCAGGGGGCAGCAAAACUAAACCCCAAGGGAAACCAUCUGUGCUAAUGAAUCCCUCCCUGAGCAAGCCAAACAUUUCUCCCUCCCAUUCAAGACCAUCUGGAGGGUCUGAAAAACUUUCCUCCCCCAUGAAGCCCAUGCCAGGCACUCCACCUUCUUCGAAAGCCAAGUCUCCAAUUGGCUCAGGAGGUCCACAUAUGGGGGGAGGUUCUAACUCCAACAUGAAGUCAUCCUCAGGACUCGUAUCUUCAGGGUCCCUUUCUCAGAAGCCUAAUUCUUCAUCCUCUUCUUCCUCCUCCUCCUCUUCAUCAUCUUCAUCAUCAUCAUCUUCUUUCUCAGGCGGCUCCAACUCCAAUGUUUCUCAGAAUCUCCAUGGCAGCUCCAAGGGAAAGUCUCCGAGCAGAAAUAAGAAACCUUCACUUACAGCUGUCAUUGAUAAACUGAAACAUGGGGUGGGAACAGGAGGUUCAGGUUCUGAGGAUCCUAUGGAUGGAGGGGGAGCACCAUCAGUUGCAAGCGGUCAUGGCAUGUCCUCCAAGCAUGGAAUGGUGGGAGGUGAGUACCCAGCAAAACGGGAAAAAAGUGAGAAGGAUAAAUCAAAAGUGUCCGUCUCCGGUGGACCAUCUGAUCCUUCCAAGAAAGGUGGGGACCCAAAGGGCUCUGGUAGCACUGGGGUAGCUAAAAUUAUUAUAAGCAAACAUGAUGGAGGAUCUCCCAGCAUCAAGGCAAAGGUAACCCUACAAAAGCCUGGAGAAGGGGGAGGGGAGGGAAUGAGAACACAGAUGGCCAAAAACUAUGGGUCUCCAUUAAUAAGUGGCUCUACCCCAAAACAUGAGCGGUGUUCACCAAGCCAUAAUAAGUCUCCAGCAUAUACCCCACAGGCAUUGGACAGUGAAAGUGAGUCAGGUUCCUCUUCCAUUGCAGAGAAGUCCUACCAAAACAGCCCUAGCUCAGAUGAUGGAGGCGGCGGGGGAAGCCGGGCUCAGCCGGAGUACAGUGCGGAGAAACACAAAAAGCACAAGAAAGAAAAAAAGAGACUUAAGGAUAAAGAAAGGGAGAGAGAAAAGAAGAAGUCCUCUUACAGCAUGAAGCCAGAAAGUUGGUCCAAGUCUCCCAUCUCUUCUGAUCCUGGAUUGACCAUGGGUGGAGGCUCCUUAUUGACCUCAGACAGAGCAGCCAGGCCCAGCCCAAGUUUUUUAAUGGGUGAAGAUGAUGACUUAAUGGACGUGGCGCUUAUAGGGAACUAAAACCUGCAGUAUUGGUUUAACUCUGUUUAUUUUAAAUUACUUUGUCUAUAUGCUGCCAGAAGUACUAUAUUGGAAAACAGUUAAUUGCAUCAGUCCUUUUGGCAUAAAUUGGAUCAAUUUCCAGUAUUCAUAGCCCCUUUUAUGCACAUUGAUGGCCAUCCAACGUUUUUUUAUUUUUUUAUUUUACGGGGGACACUUUUUUAAAACAAAUUAACAAAAUAAGCUAAAAUGAUUUUGUCAAAUAGCAAAAACUGGUAUCUCCUGUUACCACUCCUUUUUUUUUUUUUUUUUAUUACCAAAAUCUCACAACCAUAAUUGACACAAGCCAUUUGUGUUUAUAGCAGUGCUCAGCUGAGGAAUAGUUCUUAUUAACAAUAAGAUGUCAAAAAGCAUAGAACGUUAUUUAUUAUUAUUAUAGUGGUUAACAGCUGACUGCAUACAUUACAUAUGCUAUCCCAUACCUAAAAAAUAAUGAAAAUAUUUAAUAUGUAUAUUUAUGUACAUGUGUGUAUAUUAAUUACUGCUCACUCACACUGUUUUCUAGUGAACUCCCUUAGUAGUUUGAGUAAAAGAGCCACACUUACAAGUCCGUCAGCAUUUUCAAUUACACAGUUUGGCAUCAUUUAUAAUUACAACCCCAUUAAAAAGUUAUUUAUAAUUAUUUUAUUACAUUUUUCUGUUUGAUCAGUGAGAUGACACACAAACUCUAAACCAAAAUAGAUCAUAUGUUAAAGUAACAUCCCACUCAAAGAUUUAUUUUUUCAUAGUUAAUUUUUAUUAUUUUAAAAUUCAAAUGGAUCUGCUGCCAAAGGUAAUAUUAUAAAAUGUUUUUGUUUUGUUUUUUAAUCUCUUGAGCAGUUUUAAAUUAAACCAAUGUAAAAAUAAUUAAUAUACGUUUUUCUAGCUUUAUCUGUCUUUACAUUAUAUAGUAUUCUAUUUUCGUGCCUACAAUUUACGGAGAAGACCACAGUGUUAAGAUAAUUUUAAUAACCAAAUUUUAAACUAAUCGGCUCAUAAUCAAAAAGACACUGUUUUCCUAGUUAAUUGGAUUCAUGGGUUAGGAAUAUGUUCUAAGCAGAAGUGAUAGCACAAUGGAUGUCAGGAUAACAUAAACAGUAGAUGACAUUCCAUUUAGAAAAAUGUUAGUGUGAAAACUGUUUAUUUUAUAUUGCCAUUUUUCAAAAUGAUCCACCAUCUAUAAUAUCUGAAGCCCAUCAUACAUCAUCAAAAUGGAAUUUAAUGAUCACAAGAUUAUAGAACUCUCUAAGCUUGCCCAAGGUCUUAAGUGACCAGAUUUUCAUUUUCCCCUGUGCAAGUAGUUCAUUUUUACAAAAUUUACAAAUUAGAUUUCAAUAGUAGCACAAUCUGACAGGAAGACAUAUUAAGGCAGGUGGUCUUAAAAAAGGAACUGCAGAAAAAGGAUAUUCUUUUUUUUUUUUCAAUGGGGAUUUUGAAUUAUGUUGUCUUUUAUAAAGAAUUACUUUUUAAUCUAUGCACCCAUGUUUACUUUUAAAAGGUUACUCCAAAAAGAAAACUAUAUUUUUAUUAAAACUGUUUUUCAUUGUUUUAACCCUUGCUGGUUUAUUUCCUUUUUUUUUUUUUUAAGGAACACUAUAGGAACAUGAGUUCAAAUGUGUAUUCCUGACCUUAUAGUGUUAAAAACACUAUUUAACCAUUCCCCCUGCCCCCCUUCAAAUAUAGGUAAAAUUCACCUUAUUCCAGCGCCAUGUGGGUCUGCCAAUGCUGGCUCCGCCCCUCCCUCGCCAACAUCAUCAAAAUUGAUUAUCUGAGUCAAUCACAAUGCUUUUCCAUAGGAAAGCAUUGGAUUUUCUGAGACUGUCAAUUCUGAUGAUCUCAGCCAUGGUGGCACGGCGGGGGGCAUAUCCAAUCGUCGCCCUGGCCAAUCAGCAUCUCCUCACAAACUAAGGCUGCAUAAACAAAGUGAUUUGACUACUAAAUGGCAAUGGAAUUGAGCACUGAGACUACAAGGGCAUGAUCUAUACACCAAAACUCAUUUAUUAAGCUAAAGUUAUUUUGGUGACUUGUGUCCUUUUAAGAACUCCUCUUCAAGCAUAAUUCUCAUAGCAGUCCAAUCUUCCUACUCAUGUUAUCCCCCUCACUUUUUACUUAGUACUCCAAUUAAAUGCUUCUCAUAUAGGCAUGACAGAGGGAUAGGCUGUCUGCACUGUAUACUUCCAUAGCCAGCAUGCAAUGCUUGAUCACGACAGGCUUGUAUUAUACACAGAAUUCAAGUUUGCUUGGAUUACCAGAUCACAGCUGUCAGAGGUGUGCUUACACCUCCAGCAGUUUCAUCGAAUAUCACAGUAUAUGUAGCAUUACACACAGACUCCUUGCACUAUGAUCACUUCAAAACUCUGAAUUGGCUAUGGUGCUCUGAGUAUCCCUUUAAGGCACCUCACUGGGAAUGCACAGAGAGUAACACAAUUGCUUGUGAGACAGUAGUGUCAGUGACCUGAUAGUUCGCUUUUCAGAUAUUUGUCACAAUGUCUUCAGUAACCAGUAUUGGAUUCAUUUGAAGAUUAAUAUAAAGGGGAUUUGCAUUUUUUUGAAUAACAACUUCACCUAGGGCAUUUAGCAUGUUAAAAUUAUGAAAGUGCAGGCCGUAUGUGGCCAGUUUGGUUGCAUGACAUUUUUUGUUCACGUUUUAUAGUGUCUAUACAAUAACGUUUUCUCUUAUUUGAGAUGAUAUUGCUUAGCUGAGCACUGUUUUUACAAGGUGUGUUUUGUUUCUUUUUAGCUGUAUGCAAGCUUGAUAUUACUAUUUUAUUUUUCAAGCAUUGCAUAAAUUAAAUAACCCCUUUUUAAUUGCCACUGUUGGAGGCCAUUUAUUUCAGACAGCACAAAGACAAUGUAAAAUGUAUAAUGUAUUCUAUUUAUUGUCCCAUUUGUUGUUCGAUAAGAUGCCCAUCAAUGUUCAAGAACAAUUGAAAUGACUUUUGCGUUUUUAUAUGAAUGUAGAUCACCAAUUGAGUGUCUGCCAUAAAAUGGCUUUGAAGUUUGUUCAAUAAGCUGUGAGUUGGGGUAAGCCGUUUAUCACUUGUUCUUGACCUUAUAAUAACAGAGUUGAUGAUUUAUUUAUUUAACAAAAUAGAGAGGUGCUUGCCUGCUGGUAUCGUUUUAACUCAAAUGUAGCAUUUAAUAUGUUGAUUAAAAGUAUUACUGUUAGUAAAUCAAAAGGUAAACCAGAAAAUAUUGAUUGAUUUAUAAGACUAUCAAUAAUAUAAAACAAAAGAUAUAAAGAAAAAAAAAGUAUAAAAUGAUGGAUGUUUUUUUAAAAGGAAAAAUAUGUAAGAUUAGUUGAUAAUCAAUUAGUUUAUUGCUGGAAUUGCAGGCUGAGCCCAGAUAUAAAAAGCAUGUAGUGUUUCUUAAAGGGACAGUAUAGUCACCAGAACAAUUACAGCUUAAUGUAGUGGUUCUGGUGAGUAUAAUCAUUGCUUUCAGGCAUUUUCAUGUAAACCAUGCCUUUUCCGAGAAAAGACAGUGUUUACAUUGCCUCUAGGGACACCUCCAAGUGGCCACUCCUCUCAGGGCUGUACAGUAAGCAGCCCUGCCGUUCAGCGUGGAGACGCUGUAUUUUCCUAAUAGAAAUGCAUUGAUUCAAGGCAUCUCUAUGAGGAGGUCCUGAUUGGUCAAAACUGCAUUUGGCCCCGCCCCAUGCCUAUGGUAAAGCAUUGGAUUGGCUAAAAAUCUGCCAUUUUGAUGGUCACAAAGGGGGUAGAGCCAGCACCGGCGGACCCGCUCAGCGCUGGAAAUAAGGUAAGUUUUAAACUUUUUUUUUUUUUUUUGAUAGGGGGGCUAAGGGGGAACCAGCCACCGAAAUGAUGUUGAGCACUAUAGGGUCAGGAAUACAUGUUUGUGUUCCUGACCCAAUAGUGAUCCUUUAACCCCUUAAGGACCAAACUUCUGGAAUAAAAGGGAAUUGUGACAUGUCACACAUGUCAUGUGUCCUUAAGGGGUUAAGAGAUGCCAGUAAAGCUAAAACUGGCAAUCCCAGGAGACACAAGAUAUGAAUAGAGUAGAUCUAACAAUGUGAUCAAUCUGUAGGAUACAAUUGUUGCAAUUUUCUUUGAAGGGAACUAUUAGUAUCACUAUGCUAAGGUUAUAGACUCUAAAAGAAGGAACUCAGCCUAAGUUAUCACGAACACCAGCUAAAAAAAGCUUUUUAUAUCUGGGCUCAGCCUGCAGUUCCAGCAAUAUACUUAUUGAUUAUCAACUAAUCUUACAUUAUUUUUCCUUUUUACAAACCGCUAUCAUUUUAUGUUUUUGGAUAAUUUGGUAUAAGUUUUUUUUUUUUCUUCAUAUCUUUUUUGUUUUAUAUUAUUGAUAGUCAUAAUCAAUCAAUAUUUUCUAGUUUACCUUUUGAUUUAUAAACAGUAAUACUUUUAAUCAAUAUAUUAAAUGUUUCAUUUUAGUUAAAAGUAAGCAAGCACCUCUCUAUUUUGUUACUUUCUACUUGGGGUUACCCCCUUUCUCUUGCCUCAGAAUCUGAGACCUUCCUUGUUCCUACCCCUUCCCCAUAAAAAUAAAUGUAUUUAUUUUUAAUCUCAAUUCUGCUAUGUGGGCUUGUUGCUUGCAAGUUUCAUCAACUCCAACUCGCUGUUUGAAUAAACAUGUUUUGAAAAUGAAUAACUAGCUCUGUAGCAUUUGGUGACAGACUACAAAUCAUCUGUGAAAGGCCCAGACACUAGUGCACAUUUUCUUGUGCUUGUUGUUUAAAGAUGCCCUUUUUUUUUCCCCCCCAUUUACCAAUUUGUAUUGCUGAUUUUAUUUUUAUUAAUGGUAUUUUAUAAAUAAGUGUAUUUCCUUUUGUAAAUAUGACCACUUUUAUUGUUUUUGUUAUGUUGGCUAAAAGCUUUUUUGAAGAAAAAGAAAAAAAAAGAAUCCCGAAAAACAUUUUGUGGUACAAAAAUAAAAGUGUUUGGUAAAAACGGUUGUUAUAGUUUUGCUUUAUUGGACAUAUGUUCAAUAUUGAGGUCAUUAUUUUAUAAAGAGCCUCUAAAUUCAUCAGUAUUGUUCAAAUGGAAAAUAAAAACAGAGCUUUUAAAUAAAUAUUUUUUUUCCCCUUUGUGUUAGUAGCAGUACACAAUAUGGCAUUUCCCUUCCAUAACCUAAAACAGGACUAAAAUAUUAAAAUUGUUCAGUCACCAAAAAUAAAUGUAAUCUUAUCUGCGUCUAUAUAGCUCCCUGUGUUUGAAUUGGUUAUUUCUAAAGCGCUGUAGUUUGUAUUAAAUACAUGAAUAAAUGUAAGGACUACUUUUACUCAUGUAUAGCAGUCAGGUUGACAAAACUUAACAUUGGGCGAAGCUUAAAGCAAGGGUUUGUUUCAGUUGUCAAAUAUACCCACAAUCCUUCAGUAAAAUAUAUCCAGUAGCAGGGAAACUGAAGAUGACAUGGGAGAACAAAAUGGCUGCACCCAGGUAUUGAAACAUGGUACAAGGAAGAAAAUCAAGUCAAGUGGGAAGGAGGGGAGUGUAAUCAUUAAGAGACAGGGUGCAUUUACAGCUGGCAAUUGAUAAUCAUAUAGCAGCAAGUUCGGUUAAUGUCACAUAUUGCAAAAACAUUUUUAAUUCAAAAACAGAUUCUUCUAAGGUUCGUAUGUAAAUUUAACGAUGGAUCAUGUGGCUAAUCUGGAAACACUUUUUCUGCCCAUUUGUUUCCAUUGCUAAAGUUAAUGAGCUUUUAAGAGGAGGUAACUGACACUUCCCGUUAUUCAUUCCUUUAAAAUUGAGAAAGUGAUGGUAUGACCUUGUGAAGUUUGGUGCUGUGGACAAAUAGGUAGAAGACUUCCUCUUUAUUUGUGGACAAAUAUCAGCUUGUGUCUUUCACCAAUAAUAGUUUAUUGAAAAAGGCAGGGUAAUAUCCAAAUUUAACACCAAAGGCUUUGGGGCCAUUCUAUGUCAAAUCAACUAGGUCCUCAAUCUCAAUUAAAAAAAAAAAAAAAAAAAUUCUUUAAAUUUUGCAUACUAAAAACGUGCCACCUGAAGUAUGAGCCUAUGCAAAAAUUAUAGGUCCACAUCUUCUGUAUUUACAUAGUAAAUUUUAAUGAACAUUCAAUAUUUCAGUACUCCGAUGUCUUUGGAAAGGUCUUCUAAAGCUUUUUCAGGUGAGAUAUCCAUUGCAUGUAUUCUGGGGAAAAAAAGCAAAAUAAAUC